AGUGAAACUAGUCAUUCCAAAUGUCGAAAUUAGGCAUCUGGAGGGUGAUAGUUUACUGUUCAGCCUUUAUGUAUUUUUACUAGUCUGUUAAAAAUAUUGGUGCUGUAUUUCAUUUAUUAGGAUAUUUAUAGCUUGAGGUACGUAUACAGAAUACGUAGGCCUAUAUAUAUUUAAUUUUUUACAAUGUUAUUAAUUAAGACGAUGAACUCAACUCUUAUAUUCUAGGCAGGCCUUGCCUUGCAUUUUGCUGCCUUGCUGUUGCUAGCCUGCUAGCUCACACUAGCUGAGAUUGAGAUUGAGAUGGUUUAGACUGAUAAAAUAGUGAAGUGAUGUAGUGUAAGUGUAAAAAAAAAAAUGUAGAAGUGAGUGAUAUAGUAGGCCGAUGCUACUAAUAAUUACUCCGGUCCAUUACUCCUUUAACUUUAAGUAGUACUAGUUUUUAGUACAGUUCACGUCUUGUUCUUAGUUCUUAAAUCUUUCUUACCCAUCACUAACUAUCUCACUGUUAAUCAGUCUUGUUUUAAAUCUUUUUAAGUUCAUUUAAAUUUAUUAAUUGAGUUUAACUUAAGACUUAAGAACCCAGUACUCAGUGACUGCUCUUAGUUACCUACUCUUAUGUCUUUUUAGGGAACGGGAAGCCUUCUCAUGACUCAUAACGUUUUAAUGUUAAUGAGUUAAUGACAAUGUUAUUAAAUAUUAUAGAGAGUCUACUCUUCUUUCACUUUGUGUUCACUAUUUUUUUUUUUUUUUAGAAUAGUAUUUUGAUUUAAUCUUGUUUUGGUAAAUGAAAAUGUAAUGGAGACAUUCUCAGACAUGCCAUAUUUUUUUUCCAUGACUGCCAUCUUGGUUGACAAGACCCGUGAAUUCAGCGGAUGCAUAAUUUUACUUGAUGAUGGCCGCUAUCCCUAAGUCUAAGUCUAACCUGAACCCUAAAUCUAUCCCUAAACCUAACCUGAAGCCAUUCACGGCUUGUCACAGAAAUGUACCAUGCAAAGCCGGCUGUUUUUUUUUGCCCGUGCAACCAGUGUUGGGGUACCUACCUGAACCCUAAAUCUAUCCCUAAAUCUAACCUAAACCCUAAAUAUAUCCCUUAACCUAACCUGAACCCUAAAUCUAUCCCUAAACCUAACCUGAACUAGGUACUUUGACACAAAAUUUAAAUAUUGUCUGAUUGCCAUGAAUCAUGAAUCAAUGAUACAUCAUUUUAAAGGGCUAGCUAUAAGCUUUAUAACAACACCAAUGUCCUCUUUCUAUUUUCUAUAUUUUAUAGAAGUGGAGUUAUGAUUUUGUGGGUGAUUUUUUACAACCCCCUUCUUUAUCUUUGAUUUAACUGAAAAAAGUGUGAACUUCUCUCCAAAUUUCUUACUUAUUUUGCCCAAAACAUUUUUAUUUUAAAAGAUAAUGCUACCAAAUUUUCAGGAGACAUUCUCAAACUCAAUGCAAUAUACAAGACAAUAAACAACAAAACUUUUAUAUAACAUCAAGACUUUUAUUUUUUUAUAUAUUUAUUUGAGGGUAUGUUAAAGACAUUAACAGAAAAUUAGGAAAAAUUAACAUUUGUAAAGGAAAAAACAAAAAAAUAAAAUGUUCAUUGUAUUUUAAUGAAUUAUAUGCUUGCGAUACAUUUUAAACCAAUUCCUAUAUUUAUGAAAGGUAAGUAGAAGUCUUUUUUGUUACAAUGAAUUUGAAUGGAUAAGAUUAUAAAUAAAAACUACUUAUAUCAUCAAUAAGACUAAUACGAGCCUACCAGCACCGGGGUAUGUGAUUAAAUUUUAAAAGGUAAUGGGGAUGUUCUUCCUGUCAUUUAUAUAUUUAGACUGCUCUUCAAACUGCUUGCCGCUUGGACUUGUUGAUAAAUCCAUGAUCUCUCUUUCAUAUACUUUGUCUUUGUCCAAACAUGCUUACUUGUCGAUGGAAGGACUUCUUUAAUAGAAAAUUAAAAUUUUCUCCGAUGUCUGAAUGAAACCUAGAAAUAACAUCUAAUCAUAUCCUGAAUCUACACAAUUUCUUAUUGCUUUAUAAUGUUAUUCAAUUUUUUUGUUUAGUAAAACUAAUUUCUUUUACUUUUAUUACAUUAUAAAUAUUACAUAUUUUCCUAUGUAAACUGUUUUUGUAUGCCUUAAAAAAAUAAUUGCUAAGAUGAAGUUUGUUUAUUUGAUGUUUUUAAUUUAUAAGUGAAUGCCUUAUUAAUGUUUUUAAAAUAAUAACUUAAAUUAGGCCUGUAACUGUAAGAGUAAAUGCAGUUGUUGCAAUGGAAUAGUAUUAUUAGUUUAUAAGUAAUAUUAGUAUUGGUAUUAAUUAUUAUUAUUAGGCUUAGGCCUAUUAAAAUAUACACUAUGAUAUAUUCUCUUAUAGGAGUAAUGUCACUUAUGAGAGAAUAACAUUUAUUAUUAAGAUUAUUUAACUAUUAUUGAUUCAAUAAAGAAUAACGGCUAAAAUGUUUAGGCAUUCUCUCAUAAAAUUUCUAAACUUAAAUUGAUAUUAUACAUAUUAUUGUACCGGUAUAAUAGUUUUAUGUAAAUCAAGGGACAAAACUGGUCAGAAAUUCAACAGACUACACAAACUAAAAUGAAUAAAAACUCUUUUAUUUACUGGUUUGUAAUAAUUUCUAAUAAUAUUGUAAAACUGUUCCCCAUUAAUUAACUGAUAAGUGUUCCACAGAUUUUUUAAGAUGUACAUUAAUAGUCAUCUUUUUCAUAUCUUCAUAUUAAAAUAUUAAUGAUGAGAGCCAUUUCCGACACCCCAAUUUUUUCAGGGGGGAUUAUUGGUGAAAAACUCUACACUUUUUUCAGCUAUUGCUAUUAUUAAUGAAAUAAAUUUAUUCCUCUUUGUUAAAAAUUGAAGCUCUUGUGCGGUAAACCUCUAUGCUUUUGCGAGUUUGCGUUAAAAAGUAAUACUACGAAGUGCAUAUCGAUCCAUCAAAAUAAAUCCUUUGCCACUUACAAAAUUCACAAUGCUGACAAAAAUAAUAAUAAUAAAGUUUAUUUGAAAAACACGCUUUAUCCCCAAAAGCUUGAAGCGGGGUACAAAAUCAACCAUAUUAUAAAGAGAAAUAAAAACAAUCUGAAAUUUACCACAUUUAAAAAACAGACGCAACAAUAUAACACUACAUACGAGCAUACCAAGUCAAAGUCUUUCAUCCCGUUUCAACCAUAAGCAACACAGGCCAAUAUACAUUAACUGAAAAAGAUGGUAGAUAGUAGAUAGCAUCACCCCAGAAGGUGUUUGCGAAAUAGAUGUGUUUUUAAAUCGGUUUUAGAGGACUCCAGUGUCUGGCUGUUUCUGAGAGCGACUGGAAGGGUGUUCCAAAUUGUUGGGCCGGCAAAUGCAAAAGUGCGCUUUCCGUAAGUCUCAAGGCGAACACACAGUAUUGAUAUUAUGUCACUAUCGGAUAAGAGGAGCUCUCUAGUGGGUACAUAAGGCGUCAUAAGUACUUUGAGAUAAGAUGGCGCCAGGUCAUGUAAGCAGCAAUAGCACAAAGUUGCAAUUUUGUACUCUAUGCUAGCGUGGACCGGCAGCCAGUGAAACUCUCUCAGAAGUGUUUUAGCAUGGUCGAAUUUGCGUUUGCAAAGAACAAUGCGAGCCGCAUUAUUCUGUGCUCUUUGAAUUUUAUCCAGGCGCGUAGCUGGAAGACCCACCAUGAGAGCAUUGCAGUAGUCCAUAUGUGAUAACACAAAUGCAGCCAUCAGCCUCUUUGAUGCAUCUAACGUUAAGAAAGGUCUGAUAUGACUAAUCCUGCGCAGCUCUAGGAAAACUGCCUUGCAAAGCAUGUUAAUAUGAUUUUCCAUAGUAAGUAUUCUGUCUAAAUAGACACCCAGGUAUCUCACUGUAUGAGCAAACUUAAUCUGCAUACCUGAGAGAGUAAGUGAUGCUGUGUUUUUUACAGAUUUUUUUUUCUGAGCAGUGGCAAUAAGGAUCAGCUCGGUCUUUUCAUCAUUCAAUUUGAGCUUGUUUAUGGUCAUCCAGUGCUUAACUGACUCCACUGUCUUCUGUGUUGUACUAAGAAGUUGAGGAAACUGAGAGGGGAUCACGGAUUGAUGAAGUUGUGUAUCGUCCGUGAACAUGUGAUACAGCAUGUCAAAUUGCUUGAUCACUGCAACCCAGUGGCUGAACGUACAUAGUGAAAAGCAUCAGACCGAGCCCUGGGGUACACCGAAUUCAAUUAUAGAUUGCUUCAAGGUCAAGCUGUUUGAUAUCGCAGUGUUUGGAAAAAUAUGUGCUCUACGUCACUGAUGACAAAAUAGUUUAUUAUUAGAAAUCUGUGACGUAAAACACAAAAAAAUGAGAUAAUCACAGAGUCAAAUGUUAAAAUGGCUGCACAAGUUUUUAGCGUUACUUUUUGGUAUGCGCAAAACCGCGUGAGGGUGAGACUUUCGGAGACCCUACCUGAACCCUAAAUCUAUCCCUAAACCUAACCUGAGCCCUAAAAGUAUGCCUAAACCUAACCUGAACCCUAAAUCUAUCCUUAAACCUAAUCUAAACCCUAAAUGUAUCCCUUAACCUAACCUAAACCAAAAAUGUAUCCCUAAAUGCCUAAAUAUAACCUGAACCCUAAAUGUAUCCCUAAACCUAACCUGAACCCUAAUUCUUUCACUAAACCUAAUCUGAACCCUAAAACUAGCCCUCAAGUAAAAAAACACAUGUGCGGCUGCAGUUGCUAGGGACCUCGGUAUGGCCCGGAAAUACCAGAAAAACUGGUAUCAUGAUUUCGUUGUCAAAAUGAUGACCUCCAGAUUUUAAUUUACCGAGGGUAAUGUUGUUUGGAAUUUUUUUUACUGAAGUUAGUUUUGUUAGUUAAUUCUAAUUCCGCCAUCAACUUAAAGCAGACAUGUUUGUUGUUCAUUUGACACUUUUCUUUUAGAAAAAAUGUGAUGGUUUGACUUUGAAAAUUGAAUGUAAAUAAUAGCUAAAGUCACUCCUUCAUAUUUUUUGUGUGGAAAGCACAUUUAAAAAAAAACCACACUUUUAGAUGAAUUUAUAAAUUACAACAUAUCCAAAAUUCGUGAGGCUAGAGCGAACAUUGGUAAGAUAUCUUCAUACAAAUUUUUUGUCACUUGUGUCCCAAAAUUACCUAUUGUCGAUAAUUGACUUUUUAAAACAAAAUGACUUGAUGUACUUUAGAAAUCCAGCAGAUUAGUCAAUAAUAAUUCAUUUUAAAACAAAUAAACAUAAUUGAAUAGCACCAAUACUUAUUUGUCAUAUGAUCUGCUGCUUUUUAGGGAAUUAAUUGGGGAAUGUGAUUAAAAUUACAACUUAGACAAUCAAUUAUAAAGUAAAUUAUAAAAUUAUAGUAAUUUUAUUAUUAUUAUAUAUUACUAUAUAUGUAUAUAUUAUAAAAUCAUAGUAUUAUUAUUAUAUAUUUAUAUAUGUGUGUGAGUCUCCUGUGAGCCUAGCAUAGCUAGCCUCAUUCCAACUUAUUAUUGUAGGACCUAUGACAUAUUUUUGUAAUGAUAUUUUUUAUUUUAAAAAAAGAAAGAUUAAAAAAAAGAAAUUCUCUUACCUUUGAUGUUGAAAUAUCCUAUAUUCACUCACAAAUCACAAUAUUUCACAUGAUAAAUAUCAUAUAAUCCUCAGUAAUCUUAAAGAAAUAACACACUUUCUGCCACAAUAAUCCAAGAAUUACUUAAGGUAUUUCUAAAGAACAGUCAUAAAAACUUAUACUUACCUCAAGUAAAUUACUAGAACUUAAUUUAUUUUCAAUCAACUGCCAAAGUUAACUAUAUCAAUACAUGAUGAUUUGUGAAACACCUUUACUAACUUAAAAUAAAUGACAUACUAUUUUUUGGUUAUAUUUAGACAUUCAUAUGAUAAGGGACUAAAAUGCAUAUAUAGAAAAUGGUAAAAUAAAAAGUGUAAUCGUCAGUUUUAACUAAAUGAAACAAAUAAUACCUUUAUUAUUUGUUUAUGCUUAUAAAUGUUAAACAAUUCCACAGAAAAUUUGAAAUUAAUAUCUAAAGAAUAUUUUUAUUAUUAUGAUUUUUGGGAAAUUAAAAAUAAAUAUUUAAACAAAAUUAAUUAAUUGAAUUCAAAUGAGGGACGAGUCAGCAUAUUUAUACAUUUUUUAAUGGGAAAAUAAUACAUUUUUUUCCCUAAAUUUUUGCGUCAUAUUAACAAAAAAUAACUUAUAUUUUGUGGCUUUAUUUAGAAGUACUCUUAUUUAACUAUGUUCCCUGUAAGUCUUAUAUUUUUGUCUCAUUUUAGAAUAAAGUUAUAGGCAUUAAAAAAAAAAGCUAGUUAAGGGUCAGGAAAUGUGGAGGAAAAUCCCAUAGUAAAAAAGUGCCUUUGAGGUCCCUACUAAAAAAUUCAUAACUUUUGAACCACUUGAGCUAGAAAGUUGAUCUUGGUGUUUUUGUAAUCUAUUCUCCAGGCUCUAUACAGCUGUAGUAUCUUUGUAUUUUUAAAAAAAUGUUUUGAAAUUUUAAUCAAAUUGCCUACAGUUGCACAAUGUGGAAAGAAAACUAAAGAAGUGAAGAAAAACAAUACAAAAAUAAUUGUAAAAUAAAUAAAUAAUGAAAAGAUGCCAUCGGCGUAUGAAUACUAAUACAUCAAAAAUAAUUUUCUAAAAAUAAACAAAGGGAAGUGACUCCCACACUGCAAAUUAAAUAAUCACGUUAAUCUUGUCAUUGCAUUAGCCUUUAUUUUUUGUUAUAGAGACCUAUACUAUAAAUUAUAUGCCAAUACAAAUAUUUCAAAUAAUAUGCUUUAAUUCUUAUUGUAGUAAAGGGAUGUAGUUUGUCAAUGAUGAGAUGUCCCUAAUUAAUUUUACGUGUUGAAGAAGGAUUUGUGAAAUAAAAAUAUUUUUGAUACUGAUAGAUGUGUUCCUGAGAUUAUGUAGUGUAGUAAGAAGAAACACAUUUUGGGCCAUGGGAAACGCCUGGAUCCGGUAAUCUACGUUUUUGUUUUUCCUUAAAUUUUUUGUUUUAAAUUUACAAUUUUUGCCUGUGUUUUGGUAGGUCAUGAAUAUUUAAUGAAAAUGUUUAUUGGUGAACAAAAAUGAACAUCUUUUCUGUGCAUGGUGCAAAAGAUAGACUUGCUAAUACUCAUUGCAUUAGAAUAUUGUGUUGAGUGUUAACUUACUUGACGUCUGAACUUUGUGAAACAUGAUUAUUGAAUAAUCAUUCCUAGACCAGGUGGGCAACCUUUUUACAAAGUAAAAUACACCACACAAUACUAUAUACAAAUCAGAAAAGUCUACUAUUAAAUAAGAUGAGAGUAAAUACUGCCGAAGGCAGCACCUCUGCUAGUUCUUACUAUUCUUAAUUAUUAUUAUUAUGGCAUCUUUCCGUCUUCGUGAGACGAUGGAGUAGCUAUAUAGUUCUACACUUUGACGAGUGGCUCACUAGGCCAAUCCUUGAAUGGCAAUCACGGCCGCAUCUCUCGCAGGAGAAUGUUGAAUUCCGGUAUAGAUUUUCUAAUUGUUAUUUUUUUAUUCAAGGGCCUCGUUUUGAGUAACUUCUGCCUUUUUCACUCCUCCAAACACUGCUGUAUGUCAGUAGGAGCGAUGUUCGGCAAUGAACUCCCAUUCGUUUGUUUCAAUAUUGGCUUCCCUCAUGCUUCGUUUGCAAACAUCAAUAAAUCUCAGGUCCGGUCGUCCACUAUGUCUUGUCCCCUCUGCCAACUCUCCAUACAGCAGAAUCUUUGGGAUACGUCCUUCCUCCAUUCUCCGUACAUGACCUAACAGCGAAGGCGUCUCUUGAUAAGAAAGGAGAAUAUGCUAAACAUGUGUGCACGUUCCAAGACCUCCACGUUAGGCACCCUGUCCUGCCAACGAAUGCGCAAAAUGCGACGCAGACAUGUUUGAUGGAAGCUGUUGAGUUUCCGCUCCUGACUGGUAUAUGUGGUCCACACUCCGCUACCAUAUAGGAGCGUGCUAAGCACGCAUGCCUGAUAGACACUUAUUUUUGUUUUAUCAGUUAGAUUGAGAUUAUUCCACACCCGCUUAUUCGGUUUAGCCAUAGUUGCUGCUGCUUUUGCAAUCCUGAUAUUGAUCUCUUCAUCAACGGAGAGAGAACUAGAAAUAUUGGAUCCCAGGUAUAUGAAAUGAUCAACAACCCAAAGAUUAUGACCCUCAAUAGAUAACCAACUUAUACUUUCAGUGGUCUCUUUUGUAUUCUCUAAAAUUCCCCCCACAAGAUUCCUGCUGCUCAAUUGAUUGUUAAAAAUUAUCUUAUUUCUAAAACACAAUUUUUUUUCUAUAUUAUUAUCAUUAUCAUUGUUACAGUUAAAAUUUAUAUCUUUUCAAGAGGGAUCUUCCCAAAAGAUCACAGUAUUUAAAUACUUAAUAUAUUUAUGUAAAAUGGUAUUAAUACUUUAAAAUAAAAUAAAGACUUACACUUAGUGAAAAAGGACAUUUAGAAGAGGAUACAAAAUGAAAGCUUUAAUAGAGAUACAACCAAAUAAAACAGGUACAUUAUAUAAUUAAUUAAAGGCAUCUUAGGUUGAGUGAGUUUUAGAUGUUGAGAGAAGAAGGAAAAUAAAAUAAGAGUUUUAAGAAGUGAAAAAAUACAAGGAAAGGAAGAUUGAUAGAAAGUGUAAAUUAGCAAACUUAGCAGAUUUAUUAGUCUGGAGACAGAUAUUGAAAGUUAAUUGAGAGAGAGUUAAUGAUGGCUAAAGAGUAAAGAAUAUUCUUUUCAACAUAAAGAUCAAAAGAAAAAUUAAACAAAUAAUAAGAGGGAUUACAUAUAAAAAUAGACUGCAAAAGGAAGAUAUAAUUAAUCAGGUAUUUUAACCUUCGGUCGGGCGCAUCUGAUCAGAUUGAUACAAGCCAAUCGUAUUUGUUUUGCACAUGUGAAUGAGUGAUAAGAGCAAGCUCUGCUUAUUAGUAGCUUAAUGUUUUCCUUUCCUUAGUAAGUCAAGACCGUUUAGUGUGCAGAAAAUGCCUUCAGAGCGCAAAUUUUGGCUGUUUUGAUACACCACGCUUUUGCAUGUUACUUUUUUGAAGUUUGACAAUUGUAAUAUUUCUUUCUCAGGUAAGUUAUUAUUUUCAUAUUUUUUAUAUAUUGAUGCAUUAUUGUAUUUUUAAAUAAUGUUUUUAAAUUUUAAAUAUCAAAUUGAUACAUUGCGCCCAAACAAGAUGUUUAUACUGAUCCUUAUAAUAUUUCAGGUUACUUCCGCUGUCUAACAUGAAGGGUGGUAGAAAAAGUUUGAUGUUAAGAAUCUCAAGCGAUACAGAGUGAAUUAAAAUAAUACUUUUUGAAGAUGAAGACGUAAAAGUUGAUUUUGAAGAUGAGGAGGUUGACAAAGAGAGCCAUGUGAAAUUAGUCAGAAAGAUUUGCAGUCAGAAGAAUUUGAGGAUGAUAUUGAUAAUAUAGAAAAUACUAUGGACACUUUUUAUUGGAAAAGACAGUGUUAUUUAGACGAUGUGUUUAAGUCAUAUUUCCCCCGUGCUGUGAACUCUAGCAGACGCUGCGUUAGUAUUGGGCGUGGCCUAUUCCCUUUGAUCUUGUUUACCACAAACCAAUCUAUCGCCUGUUUUCUUGACUCAGUGCGGUAGAAAAUGGUAGUAAAUUGUAGAAUGUUCGAGUCACUAAUACAAUGUGUAAUACGCCUGGAAUUUUCUGUAGAGCAGACUUUAAAAAGCAGAGAGAGCAUUAUUUUUUGAGGACGAUAAGAUUUUUUCUUUACGGGACGACAGGCUGGCAUUGAUUUUUAGAGUGUGUUAUUCUUGAUAGAGCUGUGUUUACUUAUAUGUGUGAAUUCCUUUCAUCGUUGUACCUUUGUUUGGCACAUUGUAAUUUUCAUCCACUUUUGUACCGGUACAAGAAACACAAUCUGUAAGUUUCUGUAAGUUAAUGAAAGUAAGUAUAUUUUUUAUUUUGGAAUUUGUUAGUAACUUAAUAAAACUUAUUAAUUGCAGUUAGCACUGUUUUGAGUGUCGUAUUCUCUGUUAUUGUUUUUAUCAUUUAGCAUCGUCUUGUUAUGCACUGUUUUGGAACGAGCCUUACAUGUAAAUAUGAGAUUAAUUUCUCCCUACGGAUAGCGGUGCAUAACAACAGAGAAACAAAAUUGAUAAGAAUCAGCCUUUAAACAGAGUGUGUUUGAGAAUUAGCAAUUUAAUUAGAGAACUUUAGGAAUUAUAGGCCCUGCAAAUAUGGCAUGAUGCUUGAAUGUCUUGAGUUGCUGUUCAAUGAUGAUUAUUUUGUACUAUACAAAUCAAUGUAUAAAAAGCAUCAAGACACAAACUUUCAUUAAGAGAGACAAGCAUGACCAAUUGUACAAUUGUAGGGAGAAAUUUACAUCAUUGGCCAAUGGUAAAAUUUCGUGCAUGAUAAACACCCACAUUAUUCAUUGUAGAAAUUUUCAAAAUAUUGUUAGAAGAAAAGUGUUUUAAAGAAAUUAAUCAAUGAAUAAGUGCUGCCUCAACUUAAUUUAAUUAGUACAAGUUCAGUUUGUAAACUUAAAUUGGAUGUCCAUCUGAUGUCUUUGCUUCUUCUUGGCUGUCUUUUUAUUUCAUUUUUUUUCCAGAAUUAUGUGGCCAUUAUUAAAUGACAAGAAAAUAUUAAUUUCAAUUAUACAUGUGUGGUAUUUUUCUCACUUACUUUUCCAUUUUAUAUUAUUUGUUGAUCAUCUUAUCUAAAAAUAAAUUAUUUUACCAUAUUCCAAUAAAAUAAACAAAUUUAACCAGUCACUCAUUAGUGAUAUCAAUUUGAUACACCGCACCCCGUCUCAUGAAAAAAAGUGCACCCGCCGGAAGGUUAAGCUUCUAGUCCGCAGUUUGCCUUGAAGCUAUUUCCUGCAGCUGGCCAAGUGAUUUGCGUCACAAAAAGAAAUAAAAUACAGGCCGUUUUAAUGAUUUAUGUAUGUAUGUUGCAACCUUUAGGCCAUCAAAGUUGUUCUCAAUCUAUUCUGGAUAUCUGAGACAUUUGAUUUCAAUUUCAAAAGCAGCUUUAAGAAAAAUAGAAAUAACGAGUACAGCAAUGAAUAUGACAAUAAUUAAUGGUAGAAGAAAAAAUACAACUAGUAGGCUACAAAGCAAGUAAAUAAUAUGUAUGACACUUCAGUGCAGCUGUUUUUUUUAAAGUUACAUAACAUGGCCAUUAGGAAAUGUGGGUCAGGAUUUUUCUUUAGUUCUAGUGUUCCAAAAUUGGGUUAUGCAUUUGUAUAUCGUGUAAUGAGAUUUUCACCAUCAGCAUUGUGCACACAAUUAAUGUUAGUGUAACAGUUUGAGAAAGUUUUAUUCAGCCGUAUUUUCAUUCAACUGCUUAAUAUUUACCUAGAAAUGUGAAUUCUAGAUACUAUAUUUUUUAAAAAUCAUUAAAUUAAUUUCUUGUAUAACUAAUUAUAACUUUAAAAUAAAGAAAACUUUUUGGGAUAUGAUGAUAUUUCAGCUAAAUCCAAAAUGAUAAUGAAAUGAUGUCUAAAUUUUCAAAAUGUAUUUUGUUUAUUUUAUUUGCGAAGAUUUGAUUUAAAAAAAAUAAACAGCAACCUUUUAGAAUGCCUACCAUUAUAGUGUGUUCUUUUUAUUUCAGCUAUGCAUCAGGCCAAUAUCUUUGGAAUGGUCAAAUAAUGACUUGAAAGUACGUUAGCUAAUUUACUCACCAUGAAUGGUUUGACUACAGGUAAAUAUGUGCCGAAUAGCCCUAUCUUCACUGAACCUUUCAGUAGCAGGUAUACUGUACAGGAAGAUAUUGGCAGGUAAGAUGUACCAGAAUAUUUUUAGUAACAAAAACUGUAAACUCUAACUUAUGGGGUUCCUAAUAUAAAACUUUCUAAGAUUCACUGAUUUGAAUAUUCAAAAAUGUAUUUCAACUGUUCACCAGUGUAAUGCUUAAUAUGUCUCUACCCUAUUUGAAUUACAUGAAAUUUGGAAUUAUAGUGGCUUUUCUUUGGGUAAUGAGUAUAGAGCAGGGGUGGUCAACCUUUUUGUGCUAAGAGUCACAUAGAAAUUAGUUUGUUUUUGACAAGUGGCUUUAUCAAUUUUAAGGGAUUCGAGUUAUCAUUUUUUAUGUGAAUUAAACGUCAAUUUUUUGUGAAUGAACGAGCAAUAAAUGUGUUCAUUAAGUAAAUAAAUUCUGGAUAAAUUCAUAUCUCAAGAAGUAUUUAACUGAAAAUAAAAAUAAUAACACAUAAUCGUGCAGAAUUGAAUAAACUUUAAUCUGAUAUUAAAGGUUAGUGCAAAAUCGAAAAAUGGCUUUUUGUCAUUUUUCUCUGUGUAUCUCCUCCCCUUAAGAUAAUAAAUGAACACAAUUUUAAUAAAUUGAAACUAAUUAAUAAUUAUAAUGAGAUAACUGAUCAAUAGCUACUAAACAUUAACCUAGCUCCUGAAAUGUUUUACGAGCCACAAUAAAUGUUUCAGCGGGCCCCUGCCUGUAGGUUGCCCAUCCCUGGUGUAGAAGAUGUAUCUAAAAGAAACUAAUAUCAUAAUUUUGAAGAAAAGUUUGAGUUUUAAUUUUUAUAAUAAAAUUGGUUACAGUCAAAGUCAAAGCAAAAUAAAAUUACAUCCUUCCUGGCUCUUGCUUUGUUCUUAGAAGACUAUGAUAUGAUUUAUUUUAAUGAAAUCAAACAAUCUUUGCAUUUUGAAGAAUACUUUCCCGACUUAAACAUUAAAAAUGUUUGGCAGUGUUGCUGUCAUAGGGGUACCACAAUAGCAGAGUGUCACCAGGCAGAGCAAGGUGCCAUCAGAGUAAAUUUCAAACAGAACAUGUUGUUGCUGGAUCAGGGGGGCCAUUAGAACAGUUUGCCACCAGAAAAUGGUGUCAUUGGGAAGAGCAGGGUUUCAUUAGCGUACAUUACAGAGCAAGGUGCCACCAGGGCAUUGUGCCAUCAGAACAUGGUGUUACAAGAACGGGUUGCCACCAGCAAAUGUUGCUACCAGAUAGCAGGGUGCCACCUGAGUAGGUUCCAAAGAGAAUAAUUUGUCAACUCAGCAGUAUUCCACCAGAUCAGGGUGCCACCAGAGUUUAGUGUCACCAGAGUAGACAGGCUCAGAGGUUGGUGAGGAAGUCUGGAGGUGGGGGGGGGGGAAGAAAUGGCAGGGGAACAGUCAAAGACUCUGAACUCACUUGACAGUAAACAAAACAAGUGGGUGGUGCUUGAGUCUAUUGGUGAAUUUUCUUAACGCUCCAGGGUAACCUCAUAUUCUAUGUUUCCAUCUUAUGUCUUUUGUUCCGUUAGGACUUAAUUUACAAAUAAUGAUAUAAGUAAUUCUGUAUGAUCUGGUUUGGUUAAGAAUUCUCAGGGGAAGUGGGAUUCUGAAAAAAAGGGGAUGACACCAUGAGCCAACCGCACCGGGUGACACCAACCCUAGCGACGCCUCUGAACGUUAGGCAGAGCUAUUAUAAUUUUACUGUAUGCAGUCUGCAAGCCGCUCUGCUGCACAUUCCUUUAAGUCAGUUACAUGGUUCACCCCCGUCUUUUAUGGCAAAAAAAAAAGGAAGAGUUUCUUGUUUUUUUUUCGGCAUGGAUAACUUAUCAUAUCUGAACUUCUUUAAGGAUAGGGGUUUUAUUUUUUUUUUUCUUUUUUACUUUUUACAAUAUUGAAUAGGGACUUUACAUUCCUUUAAGUCAGUUACAUGGUUCCCCCCCGUCUUUUAUGGCAAAAAAAAAAAGGAAGAGUUUCUUGUUUUUUUUUCGGCAUGGAUAACUUAUCAUAUCUGAACUUCUUUAAGGAUAGGGGUUUUAUUUUUUUUUUUCGUUCUUAGCUCUUACAAUAUUGAAUAGGGACUUCAAUCUAUUAUUGCUGUUAUAUUUUAGUUAUCUUAAGUAAUAUAAUUGUAAUUAAUUAUUAAAUAUAAAUCAGGACAUAGCAUCAGCUAACCUAAGAGAAGACUUUCAAAUUUUGGGAAGGCUUAACUUACAAACAGGCUUGUCGUAUUUUAAUAUUUUAGACCUUUAUGUCAUGCUCUGCAGUCCUGCUAAAGACUAUGUUAUCCUUUGUUCCUUUGUGUAGAUGUCCACAUUCGUUAAAAGAUUUAUUACCCCCAGCAUGUACAAAUUGCAUAAUGACAUUGAAAUUAGGGUUUUCACAAGGUUUUGCUUAUAAAAUUGUCCUCAUUCUUGAAAUUAAUGAAACGUAUAUUUUUGUAAACCUUUCAUUCCCUAAUGGGAUCCAGUUUUCCGAUGUAUACAGGUAUCCGGAGAGAUCCUGAUCCUGGUUGGAUCCUGAUCCCAGAGGAAUCCUGAUACCGUCGGUAUUCCAAUCCCGGUGGGAUCCCGAUCCUUGUGGGUUCCCAUUCCCGGUGUGAUCCUGUUUCCCCAUGGGAUCACAAUCUCUGUGGGUUCCCGAUCUCUGUGAGAUCCCAUUUCCCCGGUGGGAUCCUCCUCUACGAUGGGAUCCUGUUUGCCAUAUUCGAUCCCGUUACUUGAUGGAAUCGCGUUACCAUUGGGUUCCAGUUUACUCGUUCGGCUUUAGGAUCCUGUUCCUCGUUGGGGUCAUAUUGCCAGUGGGAUUUUGUUCCCGGUAGGAUUAUAAAGGGUAAGUUCCAAGAAAAUCCCCAUGAAAGUAUAGAAAUCAAACUAAAUUAAUUUUCAAAAAGCUUUUAAAUCCCAUUUUAUAUCCCCAUAGAGCAAUAUAAAAUUUCUGAAACAUUCUAGAUUAAAAUAGUAUUCUCCUCGAAAUGUGUAAGAAUGAAUUUUCUAAGUAAUUAUUGUUCGAAUACUCAAAAUUAUACUGCUAAAUGCACUAAUAUAAAUAUAGUAAAAUUAAGUUGAAAGAGGGGCUCCCAUUCCAUAAUUAUACCGAAUUUGUUUUGCCUGAGAUGGGGGGCCCUACAAAAAUCAAUCAGAUAAAUUAAGAAUUUAAAAUUUGUCCUGUUAAAAUUUAUAAAAAAAAUGCCUUGGAAAUAGCGUUUGAAAAUUAUAGAACUUUCUGGAAAAUUUUAGAUUGUAUAUUAUUUGUUAUAAAUCCACCGCUAUAUCACAUUAGGGUACAAUAAAGGGUGUUGCUAUCCCAUUAGACCUAGCUAGAUCCAUCAAUUCACAUAGAACCUAUAGUGUUAUCUAAGUCUAUUGAUAUUUAUAUAGCUUAUAUAAGGAAAAAUAAUAUGGGGCCCCCGGCACCAGAGGAAUGGAUAUUACGAGCUCAGUACCCUUCUGUAUUUGAAUAUGGAUAAUAAAGUUCAUGUGUUCUAAGUUUGGUCAAGAUCCAUCCGUUCAUGUAGGAGUAGGAGUAUUUUUUUUUUAGUAAUUUAGGAAAAAAUGACAUUUUGGCCCCCCUGCUCCAAACGGAAUGUUAUAAAAAGUUCCUGUUAGGAUCCUGUUUCUUUAUGGGAUCAUGCUCAGUACGAUUUUGUUCGAAUAAGCUUACAUUUCUAUCGUAAUUAUUUCUCGAAUGCAAAAUAUUAUGCAACUAAAUUGUACUACUAUAACUAUAGAACAUUUAAAUUGAAAUAGGGGCCUGGUCCAUUUAAUACAGUACCGUUUUAGUCAUGUCUUAGAUGGGGGCAUUAUCUCUAUAUUGCAUUAAUAGACCUAACAAAGGCAUUCGACUUGGUAAGUCGGAGAGGCCUUUUCAGUAUCUUACAAAGAAUAAGUUGUUCCCCACGACUGCUCACAAUCAUACUGUCAUUUCACAAAAACAUGCAUCGUGCAGUAACCUUUAAUGGUGCUGUCUCUGGGGAUUCCCGUCAGCAUCGGGGUAAAUCAGGGUUUUGUACUGGCACCAACGCUCUUCUCCAUUUUCUUUUCGAUGCUCCUUCAAUUUGCCUAGGGACUGUGAAGAUGGAGUGUACAUCCACCCAAGAUCUGAUGGUAGGCUUUUCAAUGUCACCCAAUUUCGUGCAAAGACCAAAUUAAAAAAGGUGCUGAUUCGCGAACUACUGUUCGCUGACGAUGCCGCCUUAUCAUCUCACACAGAAGAAGGUCUUCAGGGGCUGGUUAAUCGUCUAUCAUACGCUUGUAAAGAGUUUGGACUGUCAAUUAGUCUACAGAAAACGCAUGUAAUGAUGCAAGAAGCACCGUCCUCUCCAAUCAUAUCUAUUGAGGGCCAUAAUCUUUCGGUUGUUAAGCAUUUCACAUACCUGGGAUCCAAUAUUUCUAGUUCUCUCUCCGUUGAUGAAGAGAUAAAUACCAGGAUCGCAAAAGCAGCAGCAACUAUGGCUAAACUUAAUAAGAGGGUGUGGAAUAAUAUCAAUCGUACUGAAAAAACAAAAGUAAGCGUCUAUCAGGCAUGUUGCUUAAGAUGCUCCUAUGUGGCAGCAAAGUGUGGACCACAUAUACCAGUCAGGAGAGCAAACUCAACAGCUUCCAUCAAAGAUGUCUGCGUCACAUUUUACGCAUUCGAUGGCAGGACAAGGUGCCUAACAUGGAGGUCUUGGAACGUGCACAAAUGUUAAGAAUAUUCUCCUUUCUUAGCAAGAGGUGUCUUCGCUGGUUAGGUCAUGUAGUAAUAAUACUGGAGGAAGGCUGUAUCCCAAAGCUGCUGCUGUAUGGAGAGUUGGCAGAAGGAACAAAACUUAUCGGAUGGCCACGCCUCACAUUUAUGGACGUUUGAAAAAACAGCAUGAAGGAAGCUAAUAGUGAAAACAACGAGCAACGUUCUAGCUGGUGAGAUGAAGGAGUAAACGAGGCCCUUGCUACAAAAAGAACAAUAUGGAAGUCAAAAUCUUACCAGGAAUCAAUAUUCUCCUGCUAGAAAUGCAGUCGAAAUUGUCAUUCUAGGAUUGGCCUAGUGAGCCACUCGUCUAAGUGUAGGCAUUGGCGUAGCUAGGGUGUUUGGCGCCCGAGGACAAGAUCCAUUUUUAGCGCCCCUUUUUCUUUUUUUCAACUCUCAAACCCAUUAUUUUCAUCAAUAAAAUAAUAUGAUAGCACAUUCUGGCGCCCGGGGACAUCUGUCCCACCCCUGCCCCCACCACGCUACGCCUCUGAGUGUAGGACUACAUAGCUACUCCAUUGUCUCGCGAAGAUGGAAGGAUGCCAUAUAUAUGAUACGAUAUAUAUAUGAUAUGAUAUAUAUUUAUGAUAUCAUAAAUGUGGUAUGAUAUAUAUAUUAUGAUAUCAUAUAUGUGGUAUGAUAUAUAUAUGAUAUGAUAUCAUGUGAUUAUCACAUUUGAGCUUGCGCUCAGCUGUAAUAGAAUACUUUCCUAAUUUUCUUUUUUCACUUUCUUCAUACCAAUAAUUUUCUUGUCUCCCAAACCCAUAGCACACAUGUAACAUGAUGCUGUUAAUUUUUCCAUCUCCCUUGCAUGCCGGUGUUUAUUUUAUGCGAAUAACUAGCAAGGUGCUGAUAGGUCAAGUUUUUGCCCAAAGCUUGUUUUGAAUUAUAAUUACCGGUAUAUCACAAUUUAUUUUGCCUAUUCCUAAGAUUUUCUUCGAUUUUUAUACAUAAAAAGCAGACCGAAUGGCGGAGAAGGGUGAAGGGGGAACUAGCCCCGGGCACCAAUCUCAUAUAUAAUCUCAUAUAUUUCACAAAAGGGGGCGCCAAAAAGUUUUUUUUACUUGUCUACCCUGGACAGCACUCUUUUCUAUAUAUUGAGGGGUGCCAUUUUCAGGCUUCGCCCCGGGUGCUACUUUUCCGCGAUACAGCCCUGAUGACAUGCUCCCGACCUUGUCAAAGAAAACGAAUGUCUGUGCAGUUUAUAAAUUUUAACCCUCAUUUCUCCACAAAUAUUUGCAAAAUAAUCUUGACUGAAAUGUUUUGGUUUUUAUUUAAAAAAAAAUAUAAUUUACCGUUUGCCCCACGUUGUCAACAUAGUCUUAAUUCAUGUUUAGUGGGUUCUUAAUCUUUAAAAAAUGUCUGAAUGAUGGUAUUGCUGAUUUUUUCGCGUCACACCUACACCCUGCAGGCGACACACUAUUGUUCAGAAGGCACUAGCUUAAGUACAUGUGUAGAAGAGCUAUUGAGCUUAAUAAUUCAUUGCAUUUAAUUAGAUUUUACAGGCCCUAGCUUAUAGCGAAAUUUGUUACAAUCCAUGACUUGCUGAAAUGUAUGCACCCGUCUGGGAUCCCUGGAGAGAAACCAUAUCUCGUACCGGUAUGUCCAAUGGUCUCUGCUCAUGUUAUAGUAUUACUGCCUGGUGUGACCUUACACGACAUUAGUCUAUUACAAAGCUAUGGCGUCCCACAGUAGUCGAUUAGUGGGCGCAGUCUGCAAUGUACCAUCUAAUUAACGCAAGGCAUUAAACAGGGAUUCUUAAACUUUUUGCAGCGCCGCCACCCCUCUCCAAAACAUUUCAGGCCCCCUCUGGAUUAAAAAAAAAUAAAUUCCCCGCCCCUCACCCCCCGGGCAAUAAAAGUAGUUGCCAGGUUAGUUAAAUGAAUACAUUUUUGUCUGACAUCUCUCUAACUUGCAGCAUAUUGACGAAUGUAUCUGUAGAUGACAGAUUUUUCUUUUUUUUAAAUAUUUUUUUUUGGUAUACGUUUUCUGCACUUCCAUGUUAUUUCUUUACAAUGAAUUAAAAUUAAUCAGAUGUGACACCUAUACAUAGCAUUUUAGCUAGUGAAAAUUAUAAUCGGCUUUCGGUAAAAAAAAAAUAUCCAAAAAAUAUGCAGAGAGAAAAAUAAGUAAAUAAAAAUCAUAAAAAAUGUAUGUGUUUUCCUGCAUCCCUUAGACCCGUCUCCAGCAUCCCGGAGGGUGAAGGCACUCUUGGUUAAGAACUUCUGCAUUACAAGCUUCUCGUCGAAAUGUGCGUCAGCCAAAUAAAAGCUGGUUAUCUUCACUUGUAUCACAAAUCAGUCUUUGAAAACUGGUAUGGUUCAAUCCUCUUUUAAAGAGGCGGUUGUAACUCAACUGCUAGAGAAAGCAAAUCUCGACCCAAAUAUGUUGGAAAAUUAUGGCCUCGUUUCGAAUCUACCAUUUGUAUCCAAAAUUUUAGAGCAAGUCGUUCUCCGCCAGCUUCUAAACCACCUCACUCAGCGUGACUUGUUUGGGCCUUGCCAGUCAGCAUACAGGGCGCAUCACUCUAUUGAGACAGCCUUGUUGUGCGCCGUAAUUGACCUUCUGUCGUCUUGUGGUGGGGGCAAAGUAUCCCUUUUGUCGUUACUUGAUCUUUCAGCUGCGUUCGAUAUGCUCAACCACGGCAUACUUCUCCAGCGUCUGCAAAAAACGUUCGGUUUUACCGAUACCGCCCUGAGAUGGUUCCGCUCGUAUCUGACAAAUCGGGUCCAAUCAGUUAUCGCAAGCGGCUUUACCUCGAAGCAAUCUAUUAUCGAAUUCGGAGGACCCCAGGGCUUGGUCCUAGGCCCGGUGCUUUUCAAUAUUUACGUUUAGCCACUGGGUGCAGUGAUCAAGCAGUUUGACAUGCUGUAACACAUGUUCGCUGAUGAUACCCAACUUCAGCAUUCCGUGAUCCCCUCUCAGUUUCCUCAGCUUCUUAGUAUGACAGUGUCAUUAACACAGAAGACAGUGGAGUCAUUUAAGCACUGGAUGACCAUAAACAAGAUCAAAUUGAACGAUGAAAAGACCGAGCUGAUCCCCAUUGCUACCGCUCAAAAGCUAAAAUCUGUAAAUAAGACACUAUCCCUUACUCUCUCAGGUAUACAUAUUUGAGCUUGCUCAAACAGUGCGAAACCUGGGUGUCUACUUCGAUAGAACACUAACUAUGGGAAAUCACAUUAACUUGCUUUGCAAGGCGAUUUUUCUAGGGCUGCGCUAAAACACUUCUGAGAGAGUUGCAUUGGCUGCCGGUCCGCGCUCGCAUAGAGUACAAAAUUGCAACUCUAUGCUACCGUUGCUUGCAUGACCCGGCACCCUCCUAUCUCAAAGCGCUCAUGACGACUUAUAUACCCACUAGACAACUCUGCUCAUCCGAUAGUGGCAAACUCUCGAUACCACGUGUUCGCCUUGAGAUUUACGUAAGGCGCACGUUCACAUUCGCUGGCCCAACAAUUUGGAACACACUUCCUGACGCUCUCAGAAACAGCCAGACACUGGAGUCUUUCAAAACCGAAUUGAAAACACAUCUAUUUCGCAAACACCUGCUGGGGUGAUUGUGUCUACCAUCUUUUCCAGCUGGCUAUUAUCUCCUAGAUGUAUAUUGGCCUGUGUUGUUUAUGUUUGCAACGGGUGAAAGACUUUGAAUGGGUAUUCUCGUAUGUAGUUUUUGUAAUGUUGCGUUUUGUAUUUCAAUGUGGUAUAAUAUAGAUUUUAAAAAUUUAUCUUCUAAUACUUUUUACUUUGUACCGCGCUUCGAGCCUUUGGGGAUGAAGCUUGGGCUUGAAGCGUGAUUUUCAAAUAAACAUUAUUAUUAUUAUUAAUGUACAUCAACAUACACAAUAGCCUGACACGCCUAUAAACAAAUGAUUUCAAUGAAGUUACUUGUGGGAAUAAAGUCACAGGUCUUCCCAGACUUGCCAACCCUUCUGAUUUUGUCGGAAUUAUACGGAUUCUUUACCCCUCAUUCCGACCUUCCGACAAAGCCCUUAAAAUUUCGAUUUUUCGAACUUUAUAUUUUUUCUUCUUUCAUAAAAAUCCGAAAGCGAUAAAAAAGAAAUAUGUUCAAUUCUACAAAAGAAAUGCUAGAACCAUUGCUAGUAUAUAUAAUGAACGAAUGGUUAAAAAGUGACAAUGUUUUUUUAGAAAGCGUGGCAUUUCCACCGGAUAAAUAUCUCCCGCACUAUUUGUCCGGUCGCCUGACGUGUAGAAACUGCUUGUUUUUAUUGAAGCGAACCGCGAUAUUCAAAUCAUUCUUCAAUCAUCAAUUAAUCUGAUCUUGAUUCAUCCUUUUUACAAGGCUAAAAAAUACUCAGACUUUUUUGUUUGUUUUGUUGAAGCUUUUCUUAUUAAAUGGUUAAAUCUAUUGAAAUAGAUGAGUACAAUGAUAUUAAGAAACAUAUUAUUUUAACCCCCCAAAAACAUAAAUCUCCAGCUAAAAGUAAUCCAUGUCUAAUUUCUAAUGAAAGUUAAUACUUUUUCUAACUUGCUUGUAACUAAAAUCAGUUGCAAUGCUAACCUUCAGUUGUCCAAAUAGAUUGGACAAGUUCAAAAAGGCCAGUAGGAAUAUACUGGAAAACUGAUCUCUUAGCAGCCUGUGCACAUAUGUAAAGAAAAUGGAUCUUCUGUUCUUCACUUUAUAUAUCUGUAUAUAAACAUUUCCAGUAAUGUUUUUCUCAUGUUCUGUGGUGUUCUGUGGACUCUUCAAAGCAAUGGAGGUAACUUUAUAUUUCUUUAUUUACUAAAAGAAGACUUGUGCAUUAGUAAAUAGAUCUUAAGCCAACUCCCCCCACGGGGCGCCACCCACUGGGGAGCAGUGGCCCCACUUACCCCCUGCGUGACCCCCCUACAGAUUUUGUUUUUGCCAGGUCUGUUUUCCAUUUAGAAAUAUUUUGUUUGAAAUCCUUAAUUAUGUUGGUAUAUCUAAUAUUUAUGAGGCUUUUAUGCAAUAACUAGUUUAUUUUGAUAAUGAAUGCAGAGAAAAUGUUGAAGAAAGGAACAAAGCACGACUGAUCUUGAUACAAAGGAAACCAGAAGACAACACAAACAUACAAGGAAGCCAGAAGGAAAGCCACAAAAAUUUGUAGGAAAAAAAAGAGGGAAUGUGAAAAAGCUAAGCUAAAAGAAAUAGAAGACUUACCAAGAGAGGGAAACAUCAGAGAAAUGUAUAUGAAAAUAAAAGAUGAAAAGAAUGGAUACCAAGCCAGACCGCAAGUGUGCGAGAGCCAGGAUGGAGAAUUAACUGCGGAAAAUUUUAAAGUGCUGGAGAUGUGGGCUGACACAUACUAAACCACAGACCAUUGACAAGAUAAAGAUUAUCAACCACCACAUGGAGGACCAGACUCUUAAAUAAUCUCCCCAACUCUAGAAGAAACUAUAGAAGUAAUCAAUUACCGGGUAUAUGAAAAACCACAAAGCCUCUGGAGAAGGCCUCAUAACAGCAAAACUUAUUAAAUUUGGAGGAAGAGAGCUACACAAUCAGACACAAACUAAAUUCGUCAAGAAGAAAAAACUCCAACAGAAAGCGAAACAGCAUUAAUAACCUCGAUACAUAAGAAAGGCACCGACUGCAGAGUAAUUUCGCUAUUAAAUGUUACAUACAAAAUACUGACAAAACUAAUUGCCAAAAGACUACAACCGUAUACUGAAGAAAUACUAGGUGACUACCAGAGGGGAUACACAACAAAUCAACGAUUGAUCAGAUUUUUGCCAUCAGAUGCCUAUCUAUAAGAGAAAUGUUACGAAUAUAAUAUUUGUAUUUAUUUAUUUAGGCAUUUUUAUAUAGCGCUUACCUUACAGCUCUAGGCGCUUUCCAAUUAUUAAAAACAUGUAAACUAUAUAAACUGCUAAAGUAAAAUAAAAAUGAAAAACCAGAGACACUGGAAUAGUAACAACAAUGUUAAAAAUGACUAUAGAAACAGUAGCUUAAACAUUAAAAUGGCUAUAAAAACGAGUACACUUUGGCACGUUUUGGCCUAUACUACAGGAUUCACCCGAGACAGAAAAUGAGGCAGGACGAAGAAGGUGCAUCACAGGUCGUAGGCGGACCUAAAAGAUGGGUUUUAAAGGACGAGGUUUCACAAUGACGGAUGUGGAAGGGGAGCUGGUUCCAGAACGUGGGCGCAUGGAAGUAGAAGGAGCGUUCACCCAUGUAAACUAUAUUGGUACAUUUUGCGACAGUAAGCGUAAAAAGCCAACCUCAGUGUGAAGUUGAGAUUUUUUCUUUCUUACCAGAUCAGAAAUGCUCGGGGCAGUCUUUGCAAGAGCACAACGAAGAUGAUCUUUCACAAGAAGUCUACAUUUAUACUUAUACUUGAUUACCAACAAGCUGGAAAACCCUAUUUCACAAAGAUAUGUUGUUGAAAAUGGAAGAAGAGGGCUCAACACAGUCUCAGACUGCAAACUCUUGAUCCAGAAUUGUGUAACUGGCAUUGUAGAGAAAUCAGUUCUCGCUGCAUCGCUCUUAAUAAGUUCAAUGAACUGCUCUUGUGUUACUCAGGAAGAUUUUUGACUGUGAAUGGACUUCUGGCAAGUGCAAAUUGGGUGUCAGGUAGAUUUGGAAAGUACGAUGAAAUUUUGUCUGCAAGCAUGUGCAAGUGUUCCUUCACAUAAUUUAUCAUCGUAUUCCUUUUGUCUGGUUCAAUGUCAUGUUCUUCAAAGAAAACAGAUAAGAUAUACAACCUUUAAAUUGUGUUUUCAUUCAAUUUUUGUGUGUGCCAAAACUGAAGUUUCAUUUGGAAUGAUCGCAUCUUUUCAGACAAAUCGUGUCAUGUUGCGUUUGGUCCUUGCAGUGAUAAAUUUAAGUCAUUCAAGAUGGCAAAGAUGUCAACCAAGUAAGCUAUUUUCUGCAGUUCACUUUUAUCACUAAAAAGUGCUUUGAAAGCAAUUCUGAUUUUUAAAAAAAAUUUUUUGAGUGUAUCCCAAAGCUCAAAAACACGUUUUGAAAUUUUUGCUCUCGACAACCAUCUCACUUCAGUGUGAAAUGAUAAUAAUAUAGUUUAUUUGAAAGACACGCUUCAUCCCCAAAAGCUCGAAGCGUGGUACAAAUUCAACCAUAUUAAAAAGAGAAAUAAAAACAAUAUACAAUUUACCUCAUUUAAAAAAUAGACGCAACAAUAUAAAACUACAUACGAGCAUACCAAUUAAAGUCUUUCAUCCCGUUUCAACCAUAAACAACACAGGCCAAUAUACAUUAACUGAAAAAGAUGGUAGAUAGCAUCACCUCAGAAGGUGUUUGCGAAAUAGCUGUGUUUUUAAACCGGUUUUAAAGGACUCCAGUGUCUGGCUGUUUCUGAGAGCGACUGGAAGGGCAUUCCAAAUUGUUGGGCCAGCAAAUGCAAAAGUGCGCUUUCCGUAAGUCUCAAGGCGAGCACACGGUAUCAAUAUUUUGCCACUAUCGGAUGAGCGGAGCGCUCUAGUGGGUACAUAAGUUCAUAAGGCGUCAUGAGUACUUUGAGGUAAGAUGGCGCCAGGUCAUGUAAGCAGCGGUAGCACAAAGUUGCAAUUUUGUACUCUAUGCGAGCGCGGACAGGCAACCAGUGCAGCUCUCUCAGAAGUGUUUUAGCAUGGUCGAAUUUGCGUUUGCAAAGAACAAUGCGAGCCGCAUUAUUCUGUGCUCUUUGAAUUUUAUCCAGGAGCGUAGCUGGGAGACCACAAUGAGAGCAUUGCAGUAGUCCAUGCGUGAUAACACAAAUGCAGACUUCAGCCUCUUUGAUGCAUCUAAAGUUAAGAAAGGUCUGAUAUGACUAAUCCUGCGCAGCUCUAGGAAAACUGCCUUGCAAAGAAUGUUAAUAUGAUUUUCCAUAGUAAGUAUUCUGUCUAAAUAGACACCCAGGUAUCUCACUGUAUGAGCAAACUUAAUCUGCAUACCUGAGAGAGUAAGUGAUGCUGUGUUUUUUACAGAUUUUUUUUUCUGAGCAGUGGCAAUAAGGAUCAGCUCGGUCUUUUCAUCAUUCAAUUUGAGCUUGUUUAUGGUCAUCCAGUGCUUAACCGACUCCACUGUCUUCUGUGUCGUACUAAGAAGUUGAGGGAACUGAGAGGGGAUCACGGAUUGAUGAAGUUGUGUAUCGUCCGCGAACAUGUGAUACAGCAUGUCAAAUUGCUUGAUCACUGCACCCAGUGGCUGAACGUACAUAGUGAAAAGCAUCGGGCCUAGGACCGAACCCUUGGGUACUCCGAAUUCAAUUAUAGAUUGCUUCGAGGUCAAGCCGUUUGAAAUAACUGACUGGACCCGAUUUGUCAUAUACGAGUGAAACCAUCUCAGGACGGUAUCUGUGAGACCGAACUUUUUUGCAGACGCUGGAGCAGUAUGUCGUGGUCAAGAGUAUCGAAAGCUGCCGAUAAAUCGAGUAAAGACAAAAUGGAUAACUGGCCCUCAUCACAAGACUACAGAAGGUCGUUUACGACGCGCAACAAGGCUGUCUCAGGAGAGUCAUGCGCCCUGUAUGCUGACUGGAAAGGUUCAAACAAGUCAAAUUGAAUGAGGUGAUCCAGGAGUUGGCGGAGAACGACUUUUUCUAAGAUUUUGGAUAUAAAUGGUAGAUUUGAGAUGGGGCGAUAAUUUUCCAUCACAUUUGGGUCAAGAUUUGCUUUCUUUAACUAUUAACAGUGGCGUUACUAUUAGCUCUUUAAAAGUUGAUGGAACAAUACCAGUUGUCAAGGACUUAUUUAUGAUACAAGUGAUGAUGGGGACUAUUUCAUCCAGACAUUCAUACAACAGCCUGUUGGAAGAGGGUCGAGUGAGCAUGACUUUCUUGGGGUAUUAGCCAGGAUUUUCCAGACAUUCGAUUCACUGACCUCAACAAAUUCACCCAUAGGAGAGCCGUUGAAGAGUGAGAAUUCUGGAGCAGUAUCGAUGUAGCUGUCAAGUUUCGUCAUGAUCUUCUUAGCUUUUGUAAUAAAGUAGUCAUUUAGACGCUUCUGGCAGCUCUUCUACAGCAACGUUAUUUGGCAGAGAUGUAGCCUUGUUUUUACCGGUCAGCUGACCCACAAUGUGAAAUAAGUCCUUGCUUGAGCUGCUGCCUGUAAUCUGAUGACUAACAUGCUCUGUCCUAGCUGCAAGGACCAACUUUUUGGUUCGUUCCGUUUGGUCGACAAAGAUUUGUCGGUGCACGGUCAAGCCCGACUUCCGCCAUUGGCGUUCUGCACGUCGCUGCUUCUGCUUAGCGUCCUUAAUUUCGGGCGUGAGCCAUAGGGCGGAAGGGCGGUCCGUAACUCGCCGUGUGGAUUGUGGUGCAUGUUUGUCUAAAAUGACUCUGAGGCCACUGUUGUAGUCUGUAGCAGGGUCAUCUUCACUGCACACAAGGGCUGCGACGUCACAUCUAAAGGCCGCUAGAUAUAUCUGUCGGAGGUCACGGGAUGUUACUGAUCGCAGAAGGCGUCCAGGCUUCCUCAAGUCAAAGUCGAAGGUGACUGGGAAGUGAUCAGAAAUAAGUUUGUCCUCAAUAUUGAUGUUACGGAUCAUAGCUGCGCGGUCCUCUCUGACAACAAGCCAAUCUAGGAUGUGACCCCGCUUAUGCGUCUGUACACUGACAAGCUGAGUCAUUGUUCGGUGCAUCCAUCUCGUUGCACAGUUGCGAAAAAAGUCGACUGUUUAAAGUGCUCGCCUUCACGCAAUUGCCAGAACUUAUGACACUUUUCAUUACUUAUUGUAAUUCUUGUGGCAGCGUCGUCUUUUCUAAUAUUUGCCGAUGAAUCAAUCAGUGAGUUCCGAUGACUUUUAGUGACUCAUUCAGUACCAAACGUUGAAAUCCAGAUCGACAUCCUAGGCUAGCUGGAGCACCAUCUGUGCAAACACCACUAACCUUUUCACAAGAGAUCUUAUGAUCUUUCAGAAAUAAAUAAACUGUGUCAAAUAUACAUCAUGUGCAGUGGUUGCUUUUAAAGAGGUUUGCAAAAAAAUAAACUCAUCUCUAAAGUCGCCAUCAUUAAUAUAACUCACAUAACCUAUUAACUGUGAACAGUUUGCAACGUCUGUACAUGCAUCAAGCUGGAUAAUAAAUAUUGGAAGUGGAGCAGAUUUAAUUUCCUGGAUUACGUGAUCAAGAAUAUCAACAGUCAUGUCAUCUAUUCUUCUGCGGACAGUGUCGUUAGCUAAGGAAAUUGCACUCGUCUCUCAUCAUAACGCGAACAAUGUCUUUGGCCGCUGGCAACAGUAAAUUCCCAGCAAUGGUUUGAGGCUCCAUAGCUCUGGCGAUUUUGAGUGACACCAAAUAUGAAGCUUCAAUGGCUGCUACGUUUUGUUUGUGGUACUUCAAAGUACUUGACAAGUCUGACUUUCUCGAGUCCAUCAGCUUUACUUCUAAAAUACCUGGUAUCCUUGCCGACAAAGCUCGAAUGCUUGCUAUCAAAAUGGCGUUUUAGUUUGUUCGGCUUUAUAGAUUCGGCUGAUAGAACUUAACAGCAAAUAACACAUUGCGGUUGAAAACAUAGAUACCGGUACAUUCAUAAUAUGGGUUUAGCAGCUUUUAAUCAGAUGGGACUAAAUGCAAUUGCACAAAAUGACUGACAAUGACUAUGUUGUAAAUCAUUGUAAUAUUCUCAUCACUACCGUCAGGGGUCAGAUUCAAAAGAGAGCAUGAAGCAGUAGACGAGCAUACUUUUUAUUUCGCGUUUUUUUUUUUUUUUUUUGCUUUUAUCUCGCAAUCAUCAUCAUACAUCAGAGGCAAUUUAUAACAGAGAAGUAACUCAGUAAAACAGCAUGCUGACCUUACUUCAGAUGGGACUAAAUGCAAUUGCACAAAAUGACUGACAAUUACUAUGUUGUAAAUCAUUGUAAUAUUCUCAUCACUACCGUCAGGGGUCAGAUUCAAAAGAGAGCAUGAAGCAGUAGACGAGCAUACUUUUUAUUUCGCGUUUUUUUUUUUUUUUUUGCUUUUAUCUCGCAAUCAUCAUCAUACAUCAGAGGCAAUUUAUAACAGAGAAGUAACUCAGUAAGACAGCAUGCUGAGCUUACUCUCACACAGGCACUAUAGUACGGACUGCAGGCGAAGGCUACUAAAACUUAAUCCUAAACUUUCCUCCCAGUACACUGAUUCUAAUCACAUUAAACUUGAACAGUGACUAUCUUUACCCCAUGUAUUAUCACUAGAAAGAUUCUGCUUCCUAAACCGAUAUUUAUUUUUGUCUUUAAAUUUUCACUUUUAGUUUAUCGUAGAUAACAAUAGUAGCAUUUAUUGUUCGGUUUAAUUUCAGCAUCGGUCAUUUGACCUAUAUUCUUUAUUUAUUAACGUUUUCCUUACUUGCCAUUGGUUAAGCCUAUCACGUGAUACCGGUACUUCGAUUGAUUUUUUUCCUUCUACGUUUUUACUGGACUUGUGUGAUUCUUCCAAAGUAUGCACCAUUUAUAAUCCGCUAUUACCCUUUGACGAGCUGAUUUAUGCAUUAGUUUUCACGUCGGUUUAAACUUUAUUAUGGGAUGAAUGGUUCAAGGGGGAGGACAUGUCCGAUAUCAAUCGGUUUCUAAGAACAUUGGCAUCGAAAAUGUGUGUUUUUCAAUGGGCUUAGGCGACCCCCCAAAGGGGUCGCGACCCACAGGCUGAGAACCGCUGCACUAAAAUGCAAAUUAACCGCUGAGAUGAAGCACCUGUAUCGAAUACAUAAUUACCGCAGCAGUUAUCAAAAAUAGCUUUCAAACAAUACAUUGAGUUAGCAUCUAGAAGUAUAACGAAUUUGAAAGUCCUAUUCAAACUGGUACCGGUAAUUUUAUAAAUUGUCAACAUGAUUGACGGCAAGUUACUAAAAUCAACAAAACCUGAAAUAUAAAAAAAAACAACAACAACUAGAUAGAGCCCGCCAAACAUUGGCGACGUGAACUUCCCAUCUAGUAAAGUUACUUGACAAAACAUGAACUCAAGUAACGCACAUUUAAGAAUCCCAAUAUUUGCUACACCCCUUCCCCCAUGAUACGUCACUGCACACUUUUUAUUUCACACCCAUGAACUAUAUUAAAUUAAAUAUACAUGUUCCAACCACUUUUAAACCGAAUAUUUUUUACACAAUACUUAAAAUUAGACGAUUUCAUUUCCGAAAAUAAAAUAUUACGCACCAAACGCAAUUGCGUUAUUUAAAAAAAAAUAAUAAUAUAUUAGCGUAGUUAUCGGGAAUUAUAUUUUGCGCACUAGUGAACUUAUUAUUUAACCAAGCCCUGGCGUAUCUAUGUAUGGUGGUGUUUGACCUUUGCUGGCGAAUUAUAUAAUACUAGUUAUAGCCCGCCAAACAUUGGCGACGGCAAUGUGUGAACUUCCCAUCUACUGAAGUUACUUGACAAAACAUGAACCCAAGUAUCCCACAUUUAUGAAUUCCAAUUUUUUCUACACCCCCCCCCCCACCCCCAAUGAUACGUCACUGCACACUUUUUUUUCCCCACGCCCAUGAACUAUAAAUACCGGUAUAUAAGAAUGAGCUAGAGUCACAUAACGCCAAAAUGGAGAUACUAUUUAAGUACGUUCGGUUUCCUAAAAACAAUCAUAGUUAUUUUCUAUUAUUCUACGGAAAUCGAAUAAAUUUAAAUGCGCAAAAAAAUAUUUAAAAUCCAAUUUCAUUUUAGUUUUAGUAAAAGUUUAAGUAUUAUUAUUAUAAAUUACAAAUACAUUUAAAGUAUCAACUAAGGAACUAUUUUAAGUAUUUUAUAUGUGUUUAAAACUUAUGAAAAAAAAUCAUGAUCAAAGAAUUACACUUAAUCACAUUUUUCGGGAGAACCAAAACAUCAGUCGUUUUUAGUGCCUUGUUAACAUUGCGAAAUAAAAAAAUUAAUUAAUUUGUUCUAAAUAAUCACGCAAAUGACCGCAAAUGACGUCAUAGCGCGAAUGGCUUAUUUCUAAAAAAAACUCUUAGGUUUCUUUAAAUAUAAUAACUACGCGUGACAAAACUGAUACUGUAUUUUCCCUUCUUAAAAUUAAAAUUAAUAAAUACAAUUGAUUGCUUUUUAAAUUGUUAAUAAAACACACACACACACACAUUUCUGCUGUGUACCGGUAUAUUAAAAUUAAAAAGUUUUGCUUUUUUUUAAUUCCAAAAAUAUAAAUUUAUUAAGAUUAUAACGUAGUAAAAACUAACCUUUAAAUAUAAUUAUAAUAAGAAAAUGCUGUUUAAGUCAAACAGUGCAGUAGAGAUCAACCGAAAGUGAUUUUCUGAUUUCGGCCGAAAAUAGACAGAAAGUUAAAACUGAAUUUCGGCCGAAGCCGAAACCGAAAUAUUAUGAUAUUUUGAAAUUCGUUCCUGCAUACAUUCUGCAUACAUCGAAAAUGAUGGCAACAGUGAGUAGGUUGAAGAAAGUGAAUCCUAGUUCUUGAGAACCCUUAAUGUUUUUAUUGUUAUUUAUAAAGGUUGAGCAGAUUGUAACAGUUGUAAUCGCUUUUUUGUGGCAUACUUGAUGCGGCCCAGUCUCACUCAGACUCAGACACUACCUUCUGCGGCCCCCUCUGAUGAUUUGAGUUUGAGACCCUUGAUCUAAUGAAUACUUUGGAUUUUACCAUUUUAAUAUAAAGUUAAUUUUAAUUGCUUUUAUAAUGUUUAUAAUAUUAUUACAACCUAGAACAUAUACCUACAAAAUUAUUGUGGCUCCAAUAGAGCCAAUUGCCACCUAAAUAUAUGUUAUUGAGGCUAUAUAAAUAUCACCAGAAUGUUUAGCUGUUUUCGUAAUACUAAUGCUUUGUGUUUUCAUGAAUAGCUUGCAAGAUAUCACUGUAUUAAUAUUCAACCUAGUAACAACACACUAGUCUUUCGGUGCUGGUGACGUAAUUAUUUCGUUAAAGAACAUUUAGUUUGUUCUUAAAAAUCGUUUAAUUUGUUCUAAAAGGUCGUUUAGUUAGUUGUUAAGAUCGUUUAGAUUGUUCUUAACGAUCGCUUAGUUUGUUGUUAAAGAUCUUCAGUUUUUUAUAAUGAUCGCUUUAUUUGUUCUUAAAGAUCGGUUAGUUUGUUCAUAAAGAUUGCCUGGUUUGUUUUUAAAGAUGGUUUAGUUUACUUUUAAUGAUCGGUUAGUUUGUUCUUAAAGCUCGGUGAGUUUGUUCUUAAAUUCGCUUAGUUUGUUUUAAAAGAUCGCUUAUUUUAAUCUUAAAGAUCCUUUAAUUUGUUCUAAAGAUUGCUUAGUUUGUUGUUAAAGAUCGUUCCGUUUUUUGUUAAUGAUCGCUCUAUAUGUUCUUAAAGAUCGGUUAGUUUCCUCAUAAAGAUCGCUUAGUUAGUUGUUAAAGAUCGCUUAUUUUUUUCAUUAAGAUCGCUUAGUUUUUUUCAUUAACAUCGCUUAGUUUUUUUCAUAAAGAUCGCUUAGUUUGUUCUUAAAGAAAAUUGAUUUUGUUCCUUAAGAUCGAUUAGUUUGUUCUUAAAGAUCUUUUAGUUUGUUCCUAAAGAUCAUUUAGUUUUCUGUUAAAGAUCGCUUAGCUUAUUCUUAUAAAUCAUUUAGUUUACUAUUAAAUAUCAUUUUUUUGUUCUUAAAGAUCAUUUAGUUCGUUCUAAAAAAUCGUUCAGUUUGUUCUUUAAGAUCGUUUAGUUUGUUAUUAAAGGUCAUUAAGAUUGAUCUUAAAGUUCGUUUAGUUUGCUCUAAAAGAUUGCUUAAUUUGUUCUUAAAGAUCGCAUAAUUUGUUCUUAAAUGUUGUUUAGUUUGUUGUUAAAUACUCGCUUUCGCUGAGUAUUAGAUGACAGAAAACCUGAGUCACUUUCGGCCGGAUGGCCGAAAGUCUAAGUCAGUUUCGACCGAAACCGAAAAAACCCCCGAAAUUUAACUUUUCUCUUUCGGCCAAAACUGAAAUUAAGCCGAAAAUUAACUUAUAUUAAUUAACUUAGAUAUAUAGCGGAUAAAUUCUCCUCAAAACGUAAUGAUGUUAGAAACGUAAAUAUUAUUACAUUUUAAAGUGAAUUGUGAUGCGUUUUUGCAAUAGCAGUUAAAAAUUAUCGCAUAGGAUCUACCAUUAUUAUCCCGAUAACAUCGGGUCAUUUAUUCUAGCAUUAAAUAUUCUGAUGUCCCAAACACUUAAUUUUUUUACACCAUACUUAAAUUGAGACGAUUUCAUUUAUCGAAAAAUAUUACGCACCAAACGAAGUUGCGUUAUUAAAAAAAUAUAAAUGAUUCAGUUAUCGGGAAUUAUAUUUUGCGCGCUAGUGAACUCAUUAUCUAUAUAUAUAGCCUGCGUGGUGGUGGUGUUUGACCUUUGUUGGCGAAUUAUGUUCUCAAGAACUAGGCGUCACUUUCUUCCUCCUACUCAUUGUUGCCAGAGACCUGGCAGCGCUUCUUCUUACACAGCUGCGCAGCUUUGGCUUGAGUGAGGAAGCAACUGAGACCCUCAGUGAAGCUUGAAGAUGCUCAUCAUUAAGUUUGGCCCUGAAUUUCGACUUGGUAAAGUUCAUAGUGGAAAAGAGCUUUUCACACAAAUAGGUACUCCCAAAAAUGUAUAUGAUCCGCUUGAACAACCUGGAAAUCUCAGGGAAGGUGGAGGGCAAUGCUCUCAUAAAUUAUCCAUGCUUGUCUAUUUUUCCAUUCACAUCCCUGAACUUAAAAUUACACUGACGAUCAAUCAGCUCCAUUUGAAGCGUAAGUUUGGGGGUCAGCAAAAAGCUGAAAAAUGGCUGUGUGUUUUGAAGUCUAAAAAAUGUGAUUAAAUUCUUCCUGUAGCUUUACAAUGGCACCAGUAUACUUACUACUAAUUUACUACUGAAUCGUGUAUCCGAGUCCAUGAGUACUUAGCAUGUUGGGAAAUGACAUGUGUUUCUCUAAGAACCAUAACACAAGUUUUGUGCAGAAUGCCCUGACAUUGUCAUAGGCAUCACUGACAAGCUACCCUUGGUCUUGUACCUUCUUGUUGAGUACCGGUAUAUUCAGCUCCUGUGUAAUGUAAACAAGAAAAGCCAAGUCCAUGAGCCAUUUGGGAUCACUUAGUACAGGAAGUACCACCCUAUCCUUCUCCAUGAAGGCUUUAAAUGCUAAAACGCGUUCAAACAGUAGGCAGAAAGCAGCCAUAUUUAUGAAUUAUUGAUGCGAAGGAAAAAGCUGUUGUAGGAGAAUGAAUUUUGAUUUUCUAUCGUAGAAGAUGGCUUUUUGACUAACCCUAUUUUGAAAGUAACCAAGCUGACAGGCUCGUAAUUUCCCUCACUCGUUAACACCAGUGGCAAUUUUAAUAGGGAUUCUUUGAUACUAUAUCCGAUUGCUACGAUUUACACAAUUAUGGUUGUGCAUUACCCACCAACUGACUCUUUAAAACCUUGCUCAACACCGCACUUUGACCAUGUUGGUAUCAUAAAAUGGUAUGAAAUAAAAACUUGUAGUCCGAUUUUAAAACGGUUCUUACCUUUAUAUUCAAUUUACAAAUAUAUACAAACAUAAUAUAAAUCAGAAUUAGACUGUUAGGUGAGAUUCGACUGAAAGCUUUGCAGAGGGUCACAUUAUAGAUAUGAGAAUGGCGAAACAGCACGGACCGCAUUAACCAUUAACCGCGGGCCGCGAGUUUAAGACCCCUGAUCUACAGCCUGUAUUAUUAUUAUUAUAAUCCUUUAGAAUAUACUAGAUAGGUCGAGGCGCUUUUGCAAUGUGUAAGCCCUUUCGAAAGAUAUCUAUUAAACAUGCUAUAUAUAUGCCUAGAGAGAUAGGAAGGAGACAAGAGAUAUUUUGAGUGAUUGCUAUUACGAUAGAGCUGUGUUAACUAACAUUUGAUAUGUGUGUUUGUAGAUUCUUUACUCAUCAUUUGUACGGUACCAUUUACAACAUUGCUUCAACAUUGUACUGUUAAAAGAUAAUCAUUAUACUGUAAGUCAAUAGCUUUAUUUUUUUAUUUUAUAUUUUAUUGUGUAAUUUAUUAUAAUUAACAUAAUAAAACUUUAAAUUGUUAUUAGCCCUAGUUUGGAACUAGCCAUUAAUUAACACGAAAUAACUUGGAAUGUACUUGUUGAUGAUUAUAUUCGCGAACUUAUUCGAAACCACUACCGGUUAUGCUACAAUUACAAUCAUACUGGCUCUCUAUUUCAUCCAAAUUUUAGUUUUAGACUGACAUACAAGACCAAAUACGUUACAAAAAAAAACAACAACAACAAAUGCACGAACAAAGUGAAGUUACACACAGUUACAGUUGCUCAGCCAAAUUCGGUAACAGUCGAUGCUUUGCUGAUGAGUAGCAACGACCGUCGGUCGAAAACAAAUAUUAUUUUUAUUACCGGUAUUGGUCAGAAUUGUACGAUUAAAUAAGCUUUGAAAAAAAAAAAAAUGGCUUAGUUCGAGUGUUACUUCCAGAAUUUAAUUGUAGAAAGAAUUGGUAGUGAUUAAAUAAGAAUAAGAUUCUUUUCUUGAUCCAAACAAAUGGAAAUGUUUUUUGAUUACAUUGUACAUACAGGUAUACAUUUUCAGCACAUAAAUAAAUACAUAUUUUCAUAAAGUCCACAUUUUCUAACUAAAACAAUUUAAAAACAUGACAACUUGUUUAGUUUUACAAUUGAAUAACAUUUUUCUUUAAAUAGUUCUUCAAGUGAAGUAUGUUUAGUUUGUGUGAUGUUUCUAGCUUUCUUGAUUAUUCUUUUUAUGCGGUGUUAGAUAUCAGGCGAUGAAUGUCCACACCAGCAGGUAAUAGUGAAACUAAGUAGGCUUCCAAUUCUUGCACUGUAGAAUAAGUUAAUAACUUGUUUGUUGACGCUGAAAUAGUAGUUUUUUAAGAUAGAAAAGUCUUUGGUUGAAUUUUUGUAUACCGGUACCGUACAGCAUUUGGUCGUGCUCAUGCCAUGUUAGCUUAUUGUUAAUGGUGACACAUUAGUACUUGUACGUCUCUACUUUCUCUAACUUUAAUUUUUUAUGUUGAGAUUUGUAAUCUGGUGUUUCCCCCUCCGGAAAUCGACAACCAUUUCCUUUGUUUUUCAAUUUAGUUACAGGUUUUGAGACAUUCAGCUGGAGAAAAUUUCAUCGCACCAGUUGAUAAAGCCUGUAACUAAAUUGCGGCAUAAGCCUUCUCCCUCAGAUAUUAAGAUAUGAUGGUGUUAUCAUCAGCUAAUUUUAUGAUUGGAACGGUGUUGCUUGGGCUCUGAAUAUCUGAAUAGUUAUAAAAGGUCUAGACCGUUGUCAUGAUAAACAAUCAAUCUACACUGCUUCAGCAGGUUAUACAAUACCUAAUAUUGCUAAGUGUCAUUGGCCUCCUCUUUAUCUAACCCGACAAUAUCUUAUACUUUCUAAAUGUAUUUUAAGUCUACCAUUUCCAAUAUGGUUGAAAUAAAAUAGUGGCGCAUUUGUUUCAAUUGCUACUUUCAGAAUUUCAUAGUAGAUGAUUAAAACUAGCCGUAAAAGGCCAAGGCUGUUUACAAGAUAAACAUGAUUCGGAUGCGAUUGGCUGCAAUGUGUGCACAAAGUUAGGCCAAUUUCUCCAACGAAAGAUAGGUCUCGUAUAUCAGUCUUGGGUGUUGUAAUGCGAUACGGAGCCAGUGGGCUUCUUAAUCCACACAUAAUCCACGUACUGGUAGCUAUAUAUUUUUUAAUAUAUUGAAACUUAAUCUUGUGACGUAAGAACUUUUCGACGUGUUUUAGCUUUGUUCUUCAAUUCUGUGUGCUUGUUUUAUUGAUUUGCAAUAGGGAUGUCAAACUGAGGGUUAUAUGGGUCACACUUUUUGUCACGAGGGCCACACGCGGCAACUAAUUGAAGUUAUUUAAUUAAAAUUAUUGCAGAAUGUUUUUGUUAUCUACUUAAACUUAGAAUUUAGAAACAUUCAAUUUGAAUACUAGUCACAUCCAUGAAUGCAAAGUAAUCAAGUAUUUGAGCAAAAAAAAAAAACAAAAAAAAACCCCCACAAAACAAGAACUAUAAAAACACAAAAAAAAAAAAAAAAAAAAAAAAAAAAAAAAAAAAAAAAAAAAAAAAAAAAAAAAAAAAAAAAAAAAAAAAAAAAAAACAAAAAANAAACAAAAAAAAAAAAAUAAAAAAAAAAAAAACACAAAAAAUGAACUUUUAAAACCCAAAAAAACAAAAAAAAAAAAAAAAUUUAAAAAAAAAAAAAAAAAAAAAAAAUACAACAGGUCAAAAUGAACAACUAUUUACGACUAUUUCAAUCAUUUUUAGUGUUUUGUCCUGAGGCGUGACGCCUGUUUUAGUCAAUUUUGGUAAGGUAUGUCUGGCAGAUAUGUCUACAGUUCCGACUUUGAUCAGAGAUAACAAGUGUCAAAUUGACAUGCCUGAGUGAUUAUACAAUUAGAGUUAUUGGUAUACUUACAUUUGUUUUCAAAGGGAUAGGUUGUUAGAUUGACAUGGAAAAUGAAUCUGAUUCCCACAAGUUUCCAGACCAAACGUCAUAUAAGAUUAAGAGCCUCCUGGUAAAGCUGACGGCAAUGAAAAUAGCCACGUGUUUUUAAGUCUUCUGCGUCGUAAUGAAGUCUGAAAAUAAAUUGAAUACUAGUAUAUCAAAACAGUCCACGUGCGUUCUGCUCAUCCAUAGAUUUAAAAGUUUUCUUUUAAGUGAUUCAAUUUAAUUUCUCAGUCAUUUUUUUUUUUUGGUAUGAAACCCACAAAUAAAGUGUCUAGAUUUAGUUCAUUUAUUAACUGGAGAAGAAUCGGGGGAAACGUUCUAUUUUUGCCAACCUCGGUCUACACUGAACUAUUUAUUAUAAAUACCGUACAUAAUUGUCUUUUCUGAUCUAAUAGUCUUACUGUCAACUCAUCCCAGAGAAAGCAUGUGUGUGCAUCAGGUGUGCACCUACAGAUGAGUCCACUGAUCUAACAAAUGAACUACCGGUACUACGCUCAGAAGUCGGCUGGGGUGGUUGGGAUUGGGUUAAAGGUGACAUUUUAUAUUUGAUUGACACCGCCGUUGAGUUCACACCUUAUAUCAUUCCACAGAAUAAAUGCUUGUUACCAGAUUUUUUGGAAACCCUUGAUUUAAUUGGGUUAUAAUGAUAGGCAAGCACAUUUUACAUUACUGGGUUUGCAGUUUUAAAUUGUCAAUGUUGUACUUAAAACGCGUGAAGACAUGCAUUUUUUUUAAAACAUUACAAUUUAACGCGAAUCGCAGCUGUGUUCAAAAUUUGAGUUCAUUAAGUCGUUAGGAUCUUACCUAACAAAGAGCAAAACUGUUUGAGCCGGACCACGAAUAUAAUGAUGCCAAGUCAAAGCUUAAAAAAAAAAAUUUUUAAAAAAAUAGAAUUAAGCAGGUUCAUGUGACUGAUGGUAGGUUUGGAUAGUUGCUAUUAUUUGCCGCAACGAUGGCGAAUGGUAGGUUCGGAUGGUUACUCCACUGUGAUGGAUGGUUGGAUGAUAUGGCUCCUUAGACGGGCCCCCACUGUGACGUGACGUACGUUGUCUAGGGGUCGGUCCCCUGCGUACUAGCCACAGAACAAUUUUCAAGGGUCUAGAACCCCUGUUGUCUAACCCCCACAGAGCUGCUGUGCUGAAUAGUCCAAGUAUUUAUUAAAACAAACGAUGCAAAGCUUCAGGGUUCAUAUGAUUUAUUGCCUCCAUCUUCCUGACAGUGGAAAAUGCAUAGUAAACAUCCGAUGGUUUUCAGAAUACAAAAUUUGCGUCCAGAAAAAUGCUGCACAUAAUAUAAAAAAUAUAUUUACAUAAGUCCUCUGCCAUCCAUGGAAAAAAUCUCCCCCAACAAACUAACGUCCUCACUUCCAAGCCACCGCGUUCGCCACAGUCACGCUCUCUGAAACUCACCUCCCCUUUUUACACACUCCUCCCCUUUUUACACACUCCUCUCAUCACUUGGUUCCUCCCGACACAGCACACCGGUCAUACCUGACCGAGAAAAAUCAAAACUCGUGGGGCACACGGGGAAAAGAAACUCCCCCACGAUUGGUCAAAUUAACAUCAUAAAAGCUGACACAGAAAAANCCCCCCCCCCCCCCCCACUCACGAGUGACGUUUGAUGAAACCCAAUGUUGCGAGUUUACAAAAAACAGCUGUCAGUUCGCGUGCAUAUUCUGGUAAACUGACAUCAAUAUUUAUAGCAUAAAACAUAUUGAUAUUUUAAUAAAUUUUCUCAUGAAAGGUCUAUCUUAAAACACUGCGCUGUCAAUCAUACUUUGAAAGUCACUACUAUUGUUAUGGCAAUGCAUUGUAGAAUUAAGACAUCUCUAAUGAAACAUACAUGGCAAUAGAUAAAAUAAUUACAAUUCUUCUUCAUCUCAAUAUUUUCCUAAAAUCAAAUUGAGAAUUUAUUUUAAUACCUCGUCACAAAUAUUUAAAUGUUUACAGCACAUGAUUUCGAAAAAUCUUAAUUCAAAAAUGAAAAAGUAAAGAAAAACAAAUGUCAACAUCUGAGCAUGUGUGGACAGCCAUGAAUUGUCCUUUCAAUGUUUACAUACACGACGGUGGAAUGUUUCGCUUAUCCCCUUGUCUUAAAAAAUCAUGAAGGUUAUUUGAUCCUCCCAACUCACCCCAGUCUCUUCUCGUGUUUGACCUGCACGGUCUAGUAGGCACGAAAUCACCCAACAAGUCUUUUAUACCACAAGACCGUUUUGCUUCCCCCCAAGCUGUCCCUUCUCGUUUGUAACAAAUACGAUCAUUGUUGAAAAGCACAACACAUUUUACAUUAUUAGACGUGUCAACUUCACACAAAUCAAGUUUUCCAUCGUCUCGGGGCGGAAACACUUCACAGUCUCUGUCAACUGUGACAUGUUCAUAAAUAACUGAGUUAAACUCAGGAGCGGUCAAAAAAUGCGAUCUCCCCUCCUCAUCAAACCAUAACACACAUGAGCUUGACUCAGGAGUGUCGGUGAACUCUGUCGAAGGUUCAACCUGACGACAUCUAAUGGAUGCUACCCUGGUCAAGGUUACGGUCUCCACUUCGUGGUUACCCCGCUUGUCCUCCAUAUAAUCAUGACCCCUUGCUUGCGUGGAAGCGGAAGGUGGUUCAUGCUUGUGAUCAUGACCCCUUGCUUGCGUGGAAGUGGAAGGAGGUUCAUGCUUGUGAUCAUGACCCCUUGCUUGCGUGAAAGCGGAAGGUGGUUCAUGCUUGUGAUGAAGACCCCUUGCUUGCGUGGAAGCGGAAGGUGGUUCAUGUCUUCAACACCCGUGGGUGUGUUAUCAAAAGCCAUGAGUGUGCCAUCAAAAGCCUCUGGCACCUUCAAAACUCAGUCACUCUCUCAACACCAAUAAGUAAAGUAUCCGUAACACUUUGUUCAUAAACAAUAUUCUUAUCACAAACAACUUCUCUGGUUUCAUAAUCAAUAAACAAACUACAAACAUCAGUCACUCUAUCAACAUCAAUAUGUGGAACAUCACCAAUACUAGGCUCAAAAUAAUAAAUCUCAUUAAAAUCAUCUACUUUGGGUUCAUAAGCCAUAUCACAAUCAAAACCAUCACUAGAAGAAGCAACAACACUAUGUUCAUAAUCAGUAUUUUUAUCAAAAUUUCCAUCUGAACCAUCUACACUGGGUUCAUAAUCAAUAUCCCAAUCAAAACAAUCAUCCAAAGCAUCAACAACGCUAUACUCAUAAUCAAUAUUAUUAUCAAAGUCCCUAAAUGAAACAUCAAUACCACUAGGUUCACUACUUGUGCAUGGGCGAUAGCCAUCCUGCACAUCAUCACAUUUGUCCUCUUUAUCCACAUUAUCCAGCUUAUUUUCUCUUGUUUCGGUGUCUUCAAAAUAUUCAUCAACUAUACCAAACUGAAAAAAAUCCGAUUCAUCAUUUUUCCUAGUUUGAUACUGCCCCUUUCUACAGUUUGAUUUUUAGUUUCUGACAGCCUUACCCAAGACUUGAUCUCUCGACACCAUCUAAGCUCAUUCCCACUAACUUCUACCUUAGUAUAUUUCCUCGGUCUAUAUUUCCCAUAACUAUUUUUAAAGGCCUCCUCCCGCUUGAUUUCUUCAAAAGCUUUCUCAUCAACUUUACUUUGAGUAAUGCUUGGACCCUCGUCCAAACAAUUCGACGUUAUGUCUGCAUCUUUAGUCAUGUGACUAUGUUCUUCAUUAGUAAGUUUAUAUUCCUUAAAGGUGUUUAGGUCAAAAGGUUUCUUAGACUUUAAUUGCUCAUAAAUUUUUCUCACCACAGAUUCUGGUGGCUUAUACGCAUAUAUCCAUCUGACACAUUCUUCUCUGAUUUCCCACAUAAAUUUUUCUUCCUGGCGAUUGUCUACUCCCCCUUUGAAAAUGUCUUGUCCCUGUUGAUCCUCACUAGGUUUACACCAAAGGCCAUGUCUCCCCGUAUAUUGCCCUCAUUUUCCGUACCAUCCAGAGAAAAUUGUCCCCUUUCAGUACCAGUUAGUGUACUAGCAUCAUACCCAGACAUUUUUCUCUCAUGUUCUUUGAUUCUUUCUUUUUCUUCUCGCUCAUAUGCGCGAAUUUCUUCUUCUUCUGCGCGAACCUCUUUUUCCCUAUUAGCUACCCAUUCUUUAGCUUCCUCCCCUUCUAAUCCCAAAUCUAUUGCCAUUUGUUUAAUUUCGGCAAUAGUAGGUAACGACAUUUUUAUAUCUAAGUCUUAUGUGUACAAAAAAUUUACAAAUAGAAAAUGGAUCAAAUGAAAUGAGUAAUAAAACAAUAGAAAUUGCAAAUCUAAUAGCUAAAUAAUUUACUUAAAAUAAUUACUUGUGAUGGUUCUCUUGAUGGGUGGCACUGGGAUUUCGGACGUAUUGAGAAGUAUAAGCCAUGUGUUCAUGUGUAUUCUCGUAGGUAGAUAGGGUUGGAAUGUCUGGUGUCUCCAAUAAUCCAAUGUCACUAAAAGUUAGGGUUGGUAAAGCUGUAUGGCUAGUUUGCACGGCUUUCCCAUGGACUGGUAUGGCCGUGAUGAUUGUUUUGACGUGCUGGUGUGGCUGGUUGGUCAGGCCCCCUCUGUGAUGAAUGGUAGGCUGGUAGGAUUCUUUGGACGAUAUGAUGUUGCUUUAACGGCCUCCACUGUGGUGGAUGGUCUGCUAUGGUUUGUUUGGACUUAGCAUAGCCCUUGAACCACAUAUCAAAUGAUGAGCUGGCAUGGUUGGAUCAUGCUCCCACGGUGGCUAAUUGCAGGCUUAGAUGGCUGCUCCACUGUGGUGGAUGGUUAGGGUUGAUAUGGCUGCAUCGAACGGCCUUCCCUGUGGCUGAUGGUAGGCCUGGAUGGUUCUUUGAUGUGCCGCAACGACGGCGAGUGGUAGGUUUAGAUGGUUACUCCACUGUAAUGGAUGAUUAUGGUUGAAAUGGCUGCUUCGACAGCCUUCCCUGUGGCUGGUGGUGGGCUGGGAUAAUGACUUUGAUGUACCUCAACGAUGGCGAAUGGUAGAUUUGUAUGGCUAAUCCACUGUGGAUUGUUGGUAGACUUGGAUGUUUGCUCCACUGGUGGAUGGUAGACUUGGAUGGUUGCUUUGAUGUGCCGCGACGAUGGCGAAUGGUAGAUUUGUAUGGUUAAUCCACUGUGGAUGGUUAUGGUUGAUAUGGCUGCUUCAACGGGCCCCCACUGUGACUGAUAGUAGGUUUGGAUGGUUGCUAUUAUUUGCCGCAACGAUGGCGAAUGGUAGGUUCGGAUGGUUACUCCACCAUGAUGGAUGGUUGGAUGAUAUUGCUCCUUCGACGGCCUCCCACUGUGACGUGACGUACGUUGUCUAGGGGUCGGUCCCCUGCGUACUAGCCACAGAACAAUUUUCAAGGGUCUAGAACCCCUGUUGUCUAGCCCCUACAGAGCUGCUGUGCUGAAUAGUCCAAGUAUUUAUUAAAACAAACGAUGCAAAGCUUCAGGGUUCAUAUGAUUUAUUGCCUCCAUCUUCCUGACAGUGGAAAAAUGCAUAGUAAACAUCCGAUGGUUUUCAGAAUACAAAAUUUGCGUCCAGAAAAAUGCUGCACAUAAUAUGAAAAAUAUAUUUAUAGAAGUCCUCUGCCAUCCAUGGAAAAAUCUCCCUCAACAAACUAACGUCCUCACAUCCAAGCCACCGCGUUCGCCACAGUCACGCUCUCUGAAACUCACCUCCCCUUUUUACACACUCCUCCCCUUUUUACACACUCCUCUCAUCACUUGGUUCCUCCCGACACAGCACACCGGUCAUACCUGACCGAGAAAAAUCAAAACUCGUGGGGCACACGGGGAAAAGAAACUCCCCCACGAUUGGUCAAAUUAACAUCAUAAAAGCUGACACAGAAAAACUCACGCGAUCUGACCGUGACAGUUCACACUGAGAUUGGCGCACUUAGUUUAUUGCGCUAAACCGGUUUUAUUUUUAAUAGGGCGUGUAAAUUACAAUCGACUGCGUAUAACCCUGAGAGUUAUACGCAGUGGGCAAGUCACGUGAUGUCUAUAUGUGUCCUGUGUCACAAUAUCAAUCGAUAAAGGUGCCCCGUUAUUAGAUUGACUGGGUGGUCGAAUGGUCUAAACUGAGCAAACCUCAAGUUGGCGGACUUGAGGUCAAUUCCAGCUGAAGGUAACCAUGAAUACGUGUUAGUUGUUAUGCUUGUUCUCGAGAAUGAGGCAAAAACAGCUAGGCUUAUUGUUUUAUUUUGUUGUGGCUAAAACAUGUUUAAACAUGAUACGAAUUAUUAACUUGACCAAUGUAACGUUAAUAAUGUUAUUCUUAUAACUAUCAUAUUAUAUGUUUGUGUUGUUAACAAAUUUUGUGGCAGAUAAAAAAUGUUUCUCUGGUACAGUAAUUAUAAUCAGGGGUGGUGAGUAGCAGAAAAAAGAGCUGUAGGGGCAGGGGGUUCUGUAGAGAGGGCACUGUAUGUAAGUAAUACUUUCAAACAGUUAUAGUUUUGCAUGGAAGCUGAAAACUGUUACAUUUAAGUCACCAAAAAAAAAUAAUCAUAAAUUAUAUAAUUUUUAAAAAUAAAUAGAAUGUAUUUCCUGAAUUAGUCAGUAAAACCAACCACAUGGACACGAUGGUCAUAGCAACAUAUAAAAACCUAAUCAAUCAGAAUACAGAACUAGACUUAGACCAUGGAAAUGCCUUUUAAAAAAUCAUCUUCUCAGGCUUAGACUCUAACUCUAAGAAAUGUAGACUUUGACUUAGACUUAUAAUUAUAAUAUAUAAGAUACAAGCAAUAAUACUAAUAAUAGCACUAGACUAAUACUAAUACUAUUGCUAUCAUUCAAUAUUAAUUAAAAUUAAUUCAAUUAAAAUUUUACGUUAAACACAUCAAAAGUUCUAGUUCAAAACAAUCCAUCAUGCAGCUCAUUACGCAUAAUACUUUUUUUCUAGAUUGCCAAACUAGCGAUUGAUAAACCUUAUUUGGCUAAACUCCCAGCCGACUGUGUAUAACGCUUCCCAAUUACAAUUAGUUGACGAAUUUCAAAAUUUACUCGCUUUGUGUGCGAAUUGGCUUCAGGUGGCACGUUUUAUAAUGGGGUGGACAGAGAUCUGACAUUAAUAAUAGCUGCCAUCUGUGUGCAUUGUUAACAAGAUGUGCAAAGUUGAAGGGAUGCAUAUGCAGAAUAGCAUAUGAGAUGCAAUAUUAAAAUAAAAUAUAUGAAUUUAUACGACUGCGAUCUAAUACGAUGUUGUCGGAAAAGUACAUUAUAAUAUCAGUUGCUGCUGUUAAUCGUACAUUUAUCUUCUCACCUGUGACCUAUAACAGCAUGUGGCAAUAAAUUGUGCAUCAGUCAUCGCCCCCGGGAAGGAAUGAGUGGGGGUAGAGGGGGUGACAACGGUAGCUAUUGGACCUUUAUGUACUGUUCUGGUGACACGGUAAUUAAAGCAGUUAAUCGUGAGUGUUACGUGAUGAUAUAAUAGAAUGUGCGAGUGCUAAAUACAGACGAGAGUCAAGUAUAGAGUUGUACCUUCCCCACCGUGUUACAAGCUGAAAAUGUAUUUAGAAUUUACCUUCCCAAAACCAAUGUUCACAACCGUGUACUCUACCCCACCCUUUCCUAACUUUUUGAAGAGAAAAAAUGGCAAUGUAGGCGCACUUAAUCAUCAUCAUUCACCGUUACCGCUCAUUCGCUGUGCUGAAUCGGUUGCCUGCGUGAAGUAGGCCAACUGGUUAGUUCAUCUGCUUGUUGCAUGCAUCGGCACAGCAUGUUUGGUCGGUGUAUUUCUGUAGGCCUGACGUUAUUUACUACCUUUCGUCACGCAUAACCGCAUGCAGUCAGUGUUUCUUUCAGACAUUUUUUCCCGGGUGGAGGGAGGGCAUUUCAAAAUUAUUAUUUUUCGGGGGGGGGGGGGGGGGGGGCAGUGCCAGUGACCAGAGGCGUAGCUAAGAGGUGGCAGGUGGGACAUACGUCCCGGACCGCCAUACCUGAGGGGGAACCAAAAUGGGAUUUGAUGGUAUGAAAGGAAAAUAAUUAGUUUCAGAGUUAAGGGGGGGAAGGGGACGUAAAAAUAAAUCACACCUCUUGACGCCAAACACUAUUAGCUGGGCCCCUUCCAGUGGCAUAAAAAGGGGGAGGAUAAGGUUGUUCACCCAGUUCUCAAGUUCGGACAACUGCAGAGUUUGUAUCGUGAAAGGGAGAGCGGCCAAAAUAUUUGGCCCCCAUGGCAACACUAAUAUUAGAUACGCCUCUAGGAAAUGUAUCUAUGGUCAACAAAAUUAGCGACCAUUUUCAUAGGGUUGUGGGGUAGAAAUGGAGGGCGUCGAUGAAUCUUGCUUUUAUAGUACCAGUAUAGACAAAGAUAGUAAAGGUAAACUCAGCCAACAUUGAAUUUGAAGAAGAUUUGAGUACUAAUUGUUACAAAAAAUUGCUACAAAACUAUUUUGAUGUGUUGUAAUUAAUUAAUGUACUGACCCAAUUAUUAAAAGUAUUGGGUUUGAAAUGUUUAAUGUUUGUAUUAACAAACAAAGGUCCCUUUCCUCUACGUAAGAUUAGUACUGCUAUUAUGGUUAUGUCUAGGGUACGAUUAAUUUCCUGAUGAAGUAUUCUACACUAAUCCUACUUCACACUCACUCUAUCAUUCAAGGAAAACUCUCACUAGCUCUCACUUGCAAGUCUAUUAAUACUUAAACUAUACUAAUAACACAAGAGUGGUUCAGCCCACAAAUAAAUAUUUAAUUAUAUAAAAAAUAGAACUAUCAGCAUACACAUUACAUAAUAUACUAUACACAAACAGGAUAACAAGAUACUGCCCAAUAUUAUUGCAUAGUAGGCUCUCAAUGGCGAUCUGGUCAAAUAAGUAAGUCCCACACACACACACACACCACAGCAGCCCUCUGCUCGGGUCACAACGUACUGCGGGGUUGGGCGGCUUGACUGCGUAAGUGUCUCCGGUCACUGGCACUGCGAGGAGGUAGGUGCCGACUUUGAACUUUACUGUGGGUAACACACACACAGUAUAUGCUACCGUCUUGUUGAUUCCUUUGGCUUAUCUCCUGCUAAUAACUGCGACUCCUUUACUGAACUGUACUAGCUUUAGUUCCAGAUAUUAUUUAUUGAACUAGUACACCUCUGACCAAAUAUUUACUUUACAAAUACUUUCUGGUCAAAUAUUCUUUACUGGCCAAAUGUUACAUACUGUAACUUAUUUCAUGUAAUUUCUUCACUUUACGUAACUUCAGUUUACUUCACUUUACGUAACUUCAGUUUACUUCACUUUACGUAACUUCAGUUUACUUCACUUUACGUAACUAUACUUUACUUAACUUUACUUAACUUUACUUAACUGGCUAGAAAUGAGAAUAAUAAAUACAAUGCAUAAGACAUAGCUAAGAAUUACAAAUCACAUCACAUUAUAAAUUAUUAAUAGUUAUCAUAUUCAAACAUUAACAAUAGUAACUAUGGUCCUACCAUUUUCUUAAUAACAUUACAUCUACGACUCUACAUACCAGUACAUAUGAAUAUGAAAUAGAACAAUACUAACCCGACACAAUCGGAUAAACACACUUUAUCAGCUAAUUAUGCCAGCCAGGCUCUUCUGACAUAAUUCAGGUAAGAGAGGCCGAUACAUGAUUUGGGCUUUCAAUAUAUACUCUAAGUUUGGCGUGCUUGUCCCGCAUUUAAGCGUGGCAUCCCAGAGUCGUGUUUAAAUGACUCACAAGCGUGGCUUCGGAUUCCGUUACGCGUUGGUCAUCAGAGUGACAACUCAGAGUUGGGACGCUUGAUAAGAAUGAGUGUAUUGCUUAAACUGGGUCAUGGCCAAAGUGAAUAAGUUCAUUUCCAUUGUUAUUUGAGUCUACUUGUAUUAUUUUAAGGCCCAGCCUAAUUGUGUCAUAUCGCGUGGGGUAGCGAUGAACGCGUGGGGUAGCGCUGGAGAGAGUGGAGCCAGCGGGUCUCACAAAGGUGAGGACCAGCGGUUCUCAACACUAAUCUGGAGAAUAGCAAGCAAACGGACGUGCUGCUGAUGGACUUCUCAAAGGCAUUUGACCGUGUAAAUCAUAGUUUGCUUUUACACAAACUUCAGAAAUAUGGGAUCCAAGGCAUUACUAAAACAUGAAUCUCUAGCUAUCUCAGCAACCGAUGCCAGGCAGUAGUGGUGGACUGUACAAACUCUUCUUUUGUUGGUGUUAAGUCAGGGUUCCCAGGCCUCGGUGCGAGGCCCCUGUUUAUUCCUGGCAUACAUCAAUAACAUACCCAAAAAACUGGCAUGCCAAGCAAGAUUGUUCGCAGAUGACACGGUGGUGUCAAACAUAGGACGAUGGCCAACAUUUCUGACCAGGACCAGCAACAACAGGAUCUCUAUUGGUUAGCUAAGUGGGAGAUGAGAUGGGACAUGGAAUUUCAUCCUGUCAAGUGCCACUGUCAGUCUCUAGAAGUUGUACUCUACACCACCAGUACGAACUGCAUGGCACACUUAAGCAGUUUCUUUCGUAAGGUACCUCGGUGUUACCAUUCAAAGAGAUUUCCGCUGGGAUAAGUAUAUUAAUAAUGCGUGCAAUCAGUCAAAUAGACCCUUGGGUUCUUAAGGCGAAUUCUAAAGAUCGGCAAUUCCAGUGUGAAAGAAAGAGCCUAUAAAGCCUGUUUCCGGCCACUUUUACUUUUAGAUUACGCAUCUUCAGUCUGGGACCCAUUCACCCAGAGGAGCAUCGACAGGUUGCAGGGGCUCCAGCGACGGGAAGCACGCUUUUCCUGAACCGCUACAGGAAUACCGGUUCCUCACGUGAUGGCAGCAUACUUGAAACACUGAUCUGGUUACCAUUGGAGGAACGACGACGACUAUCCAGAUUCGCCAUAAUGUACCAAAUAAAUAAUGGGCUGGUCCAUGGAAGCCAUGACAGACAGUUCCAGCUCAUACCAGCAAGAAGCCAGUACAGGAACUGCUCAUUCCUGCCAAAGGCAAUCAGGUACUGGAACAAGCCUCCAAAAGGAACAGUUGAGGCGACAACCCCUGGCACAUUUGCGUUAAUUGCCUUAGGCAAUCCAACUCCUAGUUCAUGAUACCCUCGCUGAGUAGCCCUUGCAAUCAAUGAAGUAUCCUCUUCAACACCAGUAGACCUGCCAACCCUUCCGAUUUUGUCGGAAUAAUAUGGAUUUUUUACCCUUCAUUCCGACCUUCCAACAAACCCCUUAAAAUUCCGAUUUUUCGGACUGCAUAAGUAUAAUUUUUCACCGGUCAUAAAAAUCCGAUAGCGUUUCUUCCCCCCCCCCUUAUAAAAAAGGGGGGGGGGGGGGGGGGAAUCAGGAAGUGUUGUAGUUGUUUUUACGAAGUGUCUACAUGUCAGACGACCGGACGAAUAAGUGAAUAAGUUCUCAAGAUAUUCGUCCGACUACUAUAUAUUUGACCAAAUCACAUGACCAGCUAACAAAGUUGCAGGAGAUAUGUGUCCGUCAGCCUUGUCAUGUGACUGCUAAUUGUCGAUCAGAGUUUACAGCACUUCAUUUCAACAAAUUCAAGAAAGUCUGAACAUUUACAUGAAAAAGAAAUAUGUUCAAUUCUACAAAAGAAAUACUAGAACCAUUUCUGGUAUAUAAUGAACAAUUGGUUAAAAAGUGACAAUGCUUUUUUUAUAAAGCAUUGCAUGCCCACCAGAUGAAUAUCUCCCGCACUAUUUGUUCGGUCGCCUGACGUGUAGACACUGAUUUGUUUUUAUCGAAGAUAACCGCAAUCUCCAAAUCAUUUUUUAAUCAUCAAUUGAUCCGAUCGGCUAAAAAAUAAUUCAGACUUUUUUUGUUAAAGCUUUUCUCAAUUAAAUGGUUAAAUAUAUUGAAAGUGGUGGGUACAAUGAUAUUAAUAAACAUAUUAAUAAACAAAUGCUGUAACAAAAAAACAAAAAACAAGCAAUAUACAACUGCAACUAAAAGUAAAAGUAAUCCAUUCCAUGUCUAAUUUUUUAAAAAUUCAUUGCUAAGGAAUCGGACGAUCAGAUCGUUUUAUUUACCACCUUUCUUAUUGAAGGAAAUAUUUGUCUAGCCAAUACCGGUCGUUUUAAUGCCAGAGUCAAAGAAAUGUUCCCAGUCUCGCAGAUUUCUAUAAGAUUGUAAAGAAAAAUUACAAUGAAACAAGGGCAAGCAUGAAAGUUGGUACUCUUUCUAAAUUGCUUGUAACUAAAAUCAAUUGCAAUGCUAACCUUCAGUUGUCGAAAGAGCUGUUGGACAAGUGCAAAAGGGCCACUAGGAACUAAGAAUUAGUAGGAAUAUGCUGGAAAACUGAACUCUUAACAGCCUGUUUACAUAUGUAAAUAAAAUGGAUCUUCUGUCCUGUACCGUAUAUAUCUGUAUAUAAACAUUUCCAGUCAGUGGACUCUUCAAAGACAAUGGAGGUAACUUUAUAUUUCUUUAUUUACUAAAAAAGCUUGUACAUUAGUUUAUAGAUAUUAAACCAACGGCCCCCGGGCGCCGGCCCUGGGGGGCAGCGACCCCCCUGCAUGCACCCCCCUACAGAUUUUUCUCUUGGCAGCUCUGCACCAGGCACAGAAACAUUGCAAAUCCCAUCUUCAUGCAUAGGAUCCAGAAUGAUCAAUAAAUUGAUUGUGGGCCCUUAAUAUUAUAUAGAAGAAGAAGAGCAUAUCUCUCUGGUAGGCUUUGCACUGGAAGAAGUGGAGGCUUUCACAUACUUAGGCAGCACCAUUGACUUAAAUGGUUGAUCCAAAGUGGAUGUGAGGGCUAGACUCGGAAAGGCUAGGUCGGCUUAAAGAAAAUAUGGGAUUCAAAGGAGCCGACUCUUCAAACCAAAGUCACAAUUUUCAACACAAAUGUCAAAAUAGUCCUACUUUAUGGAGCCGAAACUUGUAGAACAGGGAGCAUUAUGCAGAAAGUACAGACUUUCAUAAACACUUGCCUUAGAAAGAUCCUGAACAUCAAAUGGACAAACAACAUCACCAAUAUAGACUUACUAGAAAGGACAUACCAGGAGCCUAUUGCUGAAGACAUCAUAAGGAAAAGAUGGAAGUUGGUAGGGCACAAUCCAUAAACCUCCAGAUAACAUCACCAGAUAAUCCCUAACGUGAAAUCCACAUGGAAAAAGAAAAAGAGAAAGCCCAAAAAAUGCAUGGAGAGGGGGGGGGGCAUUAUGAAGCCAGGGCCAUACAUAAACUUAAUUCACACAGGUUGUGGCGUGCCCUAGGGUAAUCAUGUGGAACAAGAUAAUAUUCAAUUUCCAGAUAACAUCACCAGAUAAUCCCUAACGUGAAAUCCACAUGGAAAAAGAAAAAGAGAAAGCCCAAAAAAUGCAUGGAGAGGGGGGGGGGGGCAUUAUGAAGCCAGGGCCAUACAUAAACUUAAUUCACUCCAGUUGUGGCGUGCCCUAGGGUAAUCAUUUGGCACAAGAUCAUAUUCAAUCUUAUACUGUUACAUUGAUCAUCGUUGGGGGAGGGGUGUAGACAUUGAGGGUGGUGAAGACAGUCGCACAAAUUCAAAAUGCAGGAGUGCAUUUUUGGCGCAUACUUGAAUUUGGUGUUUCUUUCAAACAACUUUCAGGUGACAUUUCAAAAUUUUGCGUGGGAAGCGCCAAAAUUAGCCAUAAUUAUGACAACAUAAACAUCGCAACAGCGGGACAUGAACUAAAUUCAUUCCAGUUGUGGCGCCCUUGAGGGAAUGCAUUUACCUAGCUUAAUAUUGCCUAUUAAAACUUUAUUGUCCCUAGAAAAUAUUUUACAAAUUCAAAAUAACGGAAUUCAUUUUAGCAAAUACUUUAAUUUGUCAACAUCCUACACUUUGAGAGCAACGGAAGAAUGAAGAGGUCACUUAACCUUAGAAACAUCGUGUAGGCUCAGCAAACCCCAUGACUGCAGUGGGCCUCGGAUAUUUUUUAUAGGGCUUAAAGAUGUGAUGUGGAUAUUUUCUUACUUAUCAUCAUUCAGUGCAAGGUGGGGGAGGACAAAACCAAAAAGUGGCCUCGAAAAGUCGAGUGACAGCACUGCCUGACGUAGUUGUGUUAUGCAAAUAUUUUUUUUUAUUACCGGUACUAAAUAGUGUCGCUUUCAUUUUUUAUUUAAACCUUUUUGGGGGUUAUCUACAUAGUUAAUAAUCUAAGUGAAUUAUUAAAAAAAAAAAAAAAACAGUUUCCAUCACUAAAAAGCACUGCUAACAUCAUUUUAUAUGUUAAGCAUAAAUGAAAAAAAAACAACUAAAAUAAUCAAUGAUGUGAAAUAAUUACUUUUACUAAAUAUUUCCAAGUUUUACCAAAGUCAAAAAGAAAUUAAAAAAACUGUUAAGUAGAAAGGCCUAUGCAUUUUUAGGGGUUAUCAAAACUAGACAUUUUUAUAAAUCGUAUACUAACGGUAUUAUUAUGUACCGAAGACAUGAUUUGUUUAAAAAAUAGUAGAAAUUUCCCAAUAUUCAGUAGAUUGCAAUUUUGAUUUGGAAUUUCAAACUACUACACUAUAACUUUAUUAAAGAUAAAUUGCAAAUUGCCACAAAUGGGGCAGUUUGUUUAUUAUUAUAAUAUUAAAAAGACAAAAGCUGGUUGGAAUUUAAUAAAUAUAGGCUAAUUUUUUGUAAACGUUUUAUUCAGGAAACUUUGUUAAAAACUUAGGACAUUUAAAGAAAACACUAAGGCUUUGGAUAUAAAAAUUAAUAAAAUGUGCACUAUUUGUAUGCAUGCGUUAAAUUCUUAAUUAAAAAAAAAAUAUAUAUCUCAAUUUUUUAAGUUUCCAUUUUAUACAAUGCAACAAUCAUGGAAUUGAGUACAUUUUUAAUUAUGCUAAUAAAAAAUUUUUAGAGCCUAAUAUCAUCAUACAAUUUAUAAUUAACACUUACCGGGUAUACCUACUUAAAAAGUAAUGCUUUUACAAUGAAAUAUAAAUGGAACAUAGACUGCGUAUCUUUGAUACUUGGCAAGAACUAUUAUUAGAAUUGUAGUCUUUGAACUUGAUGUAAAGGUAUUUUAACACAAUGUUGUUAAAGUCUUAAAAUUUGUGAAUUUGCAAAAAAAAUAAAUGAAUAAAAAUAUUGAUAAGUGCGAACAACAGGAAGUUAGAUUUCAGCAUAUAAUCAGAAGUGGCCAAUACGAUAUUUAUAAUUGAAUACUGUAAGCCUUUGACAAGAUUAGCCUUAAAUAUACCGAUCAUUAAAUAUAUGGAGUAGGGUGGCCCAAAAAACUCAACUUUCACCUACAGAGCAAGACACCCUCUAACUUUUUUCCUUAUAGCAAACCUUUAAUUAGGGCAGAGUUUCAGCCUCUUGUGCCAACUGCAAGGUGAUGCUCAACGACCAUGGAUUUUCAAAAUUUCUUCGAAAAUUUCCAAACUUUCAUGCAAUUUACAUUUGCAUAUUUACUUACUGUAUCAUGUUCUUUGUGUUAUAUUUUACUUACUUAGGGUUGGCUGAUUUACUAUUCUAUGUCAUAACUUCCUGUUUAGUGUUACUGUCACAGAGCUAAGUUGAGUUAAGGGAGUUAAGUGAGGUGAGAAUUAUGACUUAUAAUUUAUAGAGUAUGGAACUUGGUAAGACGAACUAAUCAGAAAAAAGAAUGGAAGAAGAGUACAACGGAAGAUGGAAUCAUGGCGGUUGUUUUAAGUCCAUGCUAUUAAUAUAUUAAUUAUGUGACGAUGAGUACAUACCGACCAAAACUAGCAAAUCAGGUAAACAGCAUGACAAGAUAACUCAAGUAAAGAAAACCUCUCGAGACCAAUUGUUCAAUCCAAGUGUAACAAGUGCCUUUGACAGUAAUAAAACAUCUGAUCGUGAAGCUGUUCGGCUACUUAUUCCUAUUGCUGCAGCCCUUGGUCACGAUCCAAAUGCACUUCCUAUUUCACGUAGCACUAUUCAACGAGCGCGGUCAAGUGCUAGGCAUGAAAUUUCUAAAGCAAUGAAAGAUAAUUUUGAGCCAACAUGCCCAUUAGUUAUCCAUUGGGAUGGAAAGAUACUUCCAGCAAUAUUUGGGGAAAGCUCAGUUGACAGGCUACCAGUUUUAGUUACAGGUGAUGGGAUGGACAAACUGUGCCAAAGGUGAGCUCUGGAACUGGUGAGAAUGAAGUAAAUCCUGUUCACAAAUUGUUGGUGGAGUGGCAGCUGGUUGAGAAGGUUCAGGCUAUUUGCUUUGACACAACCUCAGUAAAUACCGGCAGAAUAAAUGGAGGAUGUGUUGGCCUUGAAAACAGGCUAGGUCGUGAACUUCAUUGGUCAGCCUAUCGUCAUCAUGCAAUGGAGAUCAUCUUGUCAAAGGUUUUCACCAUCUGCUGUGGACCUUCAAACUCCCUAGAUAACCCGCUUUUCAAACGAAUCAAAGGCUGUUGGAUUGUCAUCACCAGGCAGAAUUUUUCAGAAUUCCAGGUGACACCUGAAGCUUCCAGUUUAUCAGAUGGAAUCAUUGCAGUCCUGACCAAAGAGCACCUAAAGGAACAAGUCAGGGAUGAUUAUAUGGAGCUUAUUGAGUUGACUCCGAUUGUUUUGGGAUAUCCACUGUAGGGCUCCAGGACCAGUACAUCGUGCUCGCUGGAUGCCAAAAUUAAUUUAUGCCAUGAAAAUAUAUCUCUUCCGCAACCAAACAGAUGUAUUCAAGCUUACAAAGAAAGAAGAAGCCCAAGUUGAGCGCUUUGUUAAGUUUGGUGCACUAAUUUACACCAAGCAUUGGGUAACUGCUCCCCGUGCAACUGCUCCCCGUGCAACUGAAGCUCCAUCCAGUGAUUUGCAGCUGUGGACUGAUCUCAGCAGUUACCAGAUCAUCGAUCCUGACAUCAGUACAGAUGCAAGAAAAGUCCUGGAAAAUCAUCUCUGGUAUCUUUCAGACGAGCUUGUUGGAUUAGCCCUGUUCUCAGAUCAUGUGACAGCAGCUGCAAAGAUGGGAAUUGUGCAGGGAAUGACCUGUGAGGCUGGCGAAUGAAAAGUGCGUGGAGAUUCAUCAAUUCUAAUGAAACCAGAUGUAUGUUUAGGUGACUUUGCAACUUCCAGAACAGGGAACCUUCUUUGUUGUCAUAACAUUCACAGCGCCUUUCUUGAUUUGCCACCACAAGAGUGGCCUGCAAGUAAACAGUAUCGAUAUGGCCAGACACGAUUCAAGUUAUUACGUGUUGUGAACGACACUGCAGAGCGAGUGGUGAAGCUUUUUGAAGAAUACAACACACUGCUUACUAACGACGAAGUAGAAAAACAACUCUUAUUGCAAGUACUGGAAGCAAACCGCAAGGCUGUUCCAACACAAAUCACCUAAAAAUCUGCUGUUCAGCCCUUAAUGUCAGAAUGACAAUAACAUUGACUGAUAAUGCACGCUUUUGUGACUUGAAUCUGAGUUGGUUAAAUUUUCAAUUUUUUUGAUGGCACAGCACAAUUUUACCUUUUAACUGUGACAAAUGCAAAUAACCAUAUGUUUAAGCUUAGUGGUUUAUUUUCAAAAGAGUGUUGAACUGCUGAUAUUAAAAAGCUAUUGCUGGUUGUAAUUUUAAAACAUUCAACAUAUGCGUACCGGUAUUGCUUCAUUUUGCUUGAAUUUCGUAAAAUUUGGAUAUUAUAUUGCUCUUGGGCACUGUCUUGAAAUUAGAAUUUAAAGCUAAAACUUUACCAAAAGAUUACUAUUAGCAGGUGUAAAAACUUGGGAGGGUGUCUUGCUCUAUAGCACACAUUUCUUUUUUUGCUAUAUCUCGAUGAACCACCCUAAUAUGGAGGAUAGGGAUAUUUAAUAGAUUCCACUAAUUGUAAUGGGAUCAAGGCACAAAAUAAUAUUCUUUUUAAAACUGUUUAAAAAUGACAAUAUAGUUGUUUUUAAUUUAAAAAAUAAAUAAUAUUAUUGUUUUUACCCAUUUUGCUCCCCCCUCCCCCCAACGAGAUUCCUGAAAGAAACCCUGCAUGCAGUGAACAUCAUGCAAAUUAACUGCCUAUGUAAAACUAUGCGGUAAUAUAUUCACAAAGAUGUAAACCCUAUCACUUCUCUUCCAAUAAAAGACCUCAAUAAUUUUUUCAAUCCUAUAUAUUUUUAAAGACUUUCUUUCUACCCAAAAAUCCAUAGGUCCAUCAAGUUUGUUUGAAGCAUAAAAUUGUGUUAUCCCAUUACGCUUGAUCAUGUCUGCCUCGUGCUAACCUGUACAGGUGCAAAUGAGUUGCUGAGCAGAGUGCAUGUUGUCAUAUAGGAAGAUUGAUUGUGCAAUAAAGAAUUGUGUGGCCUUAAGUCACUUUUCCCAGGCUUUUCUAAGCUUUCAUUCUUUAAAAAAGGAAAUAAUUCCUCUUUUUUUCUGCAUAAAUUUAAAGAUUGCAAUUUUAAUACUACAAAGUAGAAAAUUUUUUAAAAUCUUUUAAAAAAACAUCAGAGAUGAGUUUAAAUGCACUAAAAAAAAAUAUAUAUUUUAUAAAAUUUCUUAAAAUGCAUUACCCAAAGAAAGUCUGUUCAGAGAAUAUUUAAAAAAUUAAUUUUUAAAAAAUAAGCAUAAUUAAGUUUUUUCUACAUUUAAUUUGAAACCUUUGACUUCAUGGAGUGCCUUUCAGUCUACACUUCUGCACACAGGCUUUCUAAGUUAUUGAGUGUAAAAAAGGUGUAAUACAUUUUAAGAAAUUUUAAAUUAUUUUCUAAUUUUAUUGCAUUUAAACUUGUCUGAUAGAAAGGCUCUUUUAAAAUACUUUUUAAGACUUUCUUUAAUUUUUAGCCACAAAUUCAUUGAGUUUGUUUGUAGAAACAAACUUUGUUGUCCCAUGGGACUUUCUCGCCAAGGUGGAUUGCAUCUGCUUGGUGCUGACCAAGAAGGUCGCAUCUGACUUGCUGACAAAGACUGGGUACAAAAUGGGGGUGGGGGAGUGGUGUUGAGUGAUGUGGAAAUAAGAAAAGGUGAUUUAAAAACAACAAUCCUACCGCCUUUCCAUUCCAAUCACCAUCUUCCUAAUUUUUGCUGUUUGGAGUGGGGUUAGUGGAAGGGGCAGGGCAUUUAAGCAAUAGACUUAACCAACAGAUGGCAAGUGACCAUGGGUAUAAAACACACUGUGGUUAAAUUUUAAUUUUUAGUUUUAUGCUCAGGUAUAACAUUAAGUCACCUUAACUGGUAUUCUUUGUUUAAAACAAAUUUCUUCUGAUGAUAAUUUACAUAUUAAAAUUUUGAUACCUUACUAAAAAGAAGGGGAAGAAAAAAAAUUCCUUUUAAAAUUGACUUUCUUUUAAAAACAAUUUUAAAUGCACUAAAAGGUAGAAAAUAAUUUUAAAUUCCUUAAAAUGCAUUACAUAAAGAAAGUCUGUGCAAAACAGAUAUUGAAAAAAUUUAGUUUAUAAAACAUUUAAAUUUCUUUCACAUUUAAUUUGAAUCCUUUGGCGUCAUAGAGUGCCUUUCUAUCAUUCUGCACAGACUUUCUUUGUAUAAUACAUUUUAUGAAAUUUUUUCUUGUUUCUCCUUUUUAGUACAUUUAAACUUGUCUUUAAAAAAAAAUAAAAAAAUAAAGUCUUUUAAAAAGUUCUUAAAAUAUUUAUUUACCGGUAUAUCACAUGGAUAAAUAGUAAACUUUUGUUAUCUCUCUCAAGACUCGCAAGCCAAAUUUUUAUUGGAACACUUUACCUGUAAUGCAGAUAAACAAUUUAUAGUUAUGUAACCUAUUGAGAAAGUUUUACUCCUUUUAUUUAUUUUCUCUAAGUGCAAACAGCACCCCACAAAAAAAAAAAAAUCCUGAUCAGCAUCCCUUACACCAGGUGUAAACAAUAUUGAAGGGAUUAGUUCCCUUGUUCCCAAUUCAUGUGUUGUGAAAGGGUUUUUGUGAUUGACGGAAACAUUGAUUUUAAAACAAUAUUAAUCCUUGUCUUAAAUUUUGAAUACUCAUUCACUCAAUACUCAAAAUCCCUCUGAGUGUAUUUUCAAGGCUUCUUCAUUUGAAAAAAAAAAUUAUUGGGAACCUUUGAAUUAGUUUCUUAUGUAGGACACAUUGCCAACUUAUAUUACCUUGAUGCAUGACAUUUCUCAUGUAGGCUACCAAGCCAAUUUGUGUUGCUCUAAUGCCUGCCAUUCUCUGAUUGAAUGUCAAAAAAAUCAUAAAACAUUAGUUUAUUUUCUCUGUGCUUGUCAGGUAAUCCAGUAACAUCCUUUAUUGUAUUCACUUUCUUUAACCUUCCCUGUGUAAUUCUGUAACUUUGAGAACUUGGCAGACAAGAAAACUGCAUUUUUUUAAAAUUGUGCACCAUGUUUUUAAUGAAAAAAGAAUAUUUCCUUACUAUUUAACAUCUUCUCUUCCAGGGGGAAGUUUGCUGUGGUGAGAAGAUGUAUAAAUAAUGCCACAGGGGAAGUUGUGGCAGCUAAAGUCAUCCGCAAACGGCGCAAGGGUAAAAGCUGUAGAGAGGAAAUACUUCGGGAGGUGGUCAUGCUGGAGCUUGCUAUGGCCCAUCCAAGACUUGUCUCACUCCGAGAAGUUUUUGAGACUCAGUCAGAAUUAAUACUAGUCACUGAAUAGUGAGUCCCAUUUUGUCCUGUAUUACUGGAAACUAUGAAUUGUGUUUUUGCUGUCCUGUUUUAUAUAUUAUGCCUGUUUACCGUUAAUAGCAUGAAUGUUAAGUUAAAUUAGUAUGUAAGGCUUCAUUACCAAAUAAAUUACCCCUAAUCAUAUUAUGCUUUAAAUUUGAAAGUUUCAUAUGCAACUUAUGGGGAUAUUAUAGGCCUCUAGUGUCAGAAUGAAGUCUAGUAUUUGAAAAGAAACUGUAGUCACCAGUUACAGUUGUGGAAAAGAGAGACAUUUAAGUGAAAAGAACAUCUGAAUUUUUUAUACAGUUGUGUAUGUACAGAGUUUAAAAAGUCUUUUGUCUGUGAAGUCAUGACUAGAGUUAUAAACUACAGCAACUCUAUGCCCAUGACAAUAAAUAUGGAAUUGCAACGCAUUCAGUAAUGCUAAUAUGCUUUGAAGUAAAAUGAGCAUUUGAUCUUUAGUUAAAAACAGGUAUUCAAAUCAGCAAAGAAUUAUUUGUAAACAGAUAAUUUAUUUUGUUAUUGUUUCCCAUUUUAAAUACGUAAAGUACCAAUCAUUAGUAAAAAAAAUAUCAUAUAAAAUAAAUCUAAUAAUUAACAUUACAUUUAAAUUGAUGCUUGUUUUAAAAAAAAUUAAAUUAAACUAAACGUUUUUUAAUAAAGCUUUAUCUGCAUUAGUGUCUUUAUGGAUUUUAAGAAAUACUCUUAAAUUGUAUAUUAAUGGGCUGAAGUUGAGCUCCUAAACAGUUGGUCUUGGGGCCCCCCCACCCCAAAAACCAAGUAUAUUUGCAUGACUCAAUUUCAUUUUAAGGAACACUUAUUUUUUUUAAAGGUAAAUUUCACCUUGAAAGUAUUAGAACUUAUUUCAUUCAAUAUGGUUCCACUACAAUAUUCUUCUAGUCAGUAGGAGUUAUGCAUUCUGCUUUGACACUUUGGAUUGCACCUCUCAUAUGGCACUGGCAUUACUUUGUUAACAUCAGUAGACUUGGGAUAAGUCCUUUCUUUUAGUCAGCUCUUUUCAUGGCAUUAUAAUUUUUUGACAGAAAGCAAUUUAUUUAUAUUUUUGGGUCAGAUUUCUGAAAUUUGGUCCUACUGGCGGAUUUCAGCAACAAAUCAAAGCAGAAUGGCAAGUGUCAUAUGACAGAGAAUACUGGGCUAAAUGGUUGACUGCUUAUUCAACUUCAAACUAUUUUUCUAUAUUACUUUGUAAACUUUUUUCUAUAUAUUUCGGCAACUGAAAUGAUUUGAUUAAAUUUUUUAUAAUUUUCAGUUGUUCUGGAGGUGAACUCUUUGAUGAAUGUGUUAUCAAAGAAUCUUUUAAGGAAAAUGAUGUCAGAAAGCUUCUUGUCCAGAUUUUAGAGGGUUUGGCUUAUUUGCAUGACAACAACAUAGUUCACCUUGAUCUCAAGGUAAUUUCAAGAAACAUUUUUACUCUUUUACAUUGUCUUUAUAUUAUAAAUCAAAUGGCUUCCACGACUGUGCAUCACAUGCUGACCUUCUUUAAACCCACAAAAGUGUCACAAAUCCUGGGGAAUACCUUUCAGUAUGGAACAUCUAAAUAAUUUGUUGUUUUUUUUAGGUCAAAACUUAUACUAUCCUAAAAGUUUCUGCUAAACUAAUGAUGUAGAAAAGACAACACACUUAGAAAAUAGGAUUCAUAAAAUGAAAAAAUUAAAUUGAUUGAACAGUCUCAAACUAAAGUAAGAUUGAUAAAGGUAACCGACUAAAUUUAUGAAAAUCUCUGCCAGAGUUUGUAUAGGUUCCAUAUCUUAUAGUUUGACAUUUUCAAUAUUUGAAAACCUCUUCAACUAUAUUCAACCUACUUAGUAAACCUAAAAUCCCAUAAAUCCAAAGCUGUGGCCUCUAUCUUGGGGAUUUAUCUGUUCCCUCCACAACACAUAAAAAAGUUCAGGCCUAUUUUCUUUUUUUGCUAACUCUGCUGAGGAUAUCCUCAGGAGACUCAGGAUGUCCUGAAAUUUAUCAAAUGAUGAAGAGGAAAGUGUAAAUCUUUCACUACAAAUGAUUAAAUGUGUUAAUUAACAAACUUUAUUCCCUCAAUCUGUGCAUCUCAUGGGAUUGUUUGGUAUGAUACAUGCAUAGUCUACAUGCUCAAUUGCCUAUUCCAGAAUUUGCACAAAUUUCAGGCUAGAAUUUAUUAAUCAGAUGAGUUUCAUACAAUUAGACACUGAUUUACACAGAAGGCUUCCAGUAAGGAGUUAAAAUAUGGCCUCUUGUGUUUCAAAGGAAUUUCUUGGUGUAGAAAAAAUAUUUUAGGUUACAAAAUAAUUAGUCUGUUGAUAAACUAUUUUUUUCAGCAUAAUUGUACAUACAUUUUUGGUUUUAAGAAAAUUAAUCUUUUUUUUUUAAAUGUAUGAAAGAAACGCAUUCUGUGUAAGUUUAAAUUUUUUAUUUUUGUAAAAUCCUACUUUAAGUCAUAAUUGUUUUCCUAAUCUUGUCUUUUCUUGAUUAAUAUCAAUGUGAUAUUUGCACAGUACUCCUCAUUUAGAAAAAAAGUUGUUUUUGUUGUUUUUUUUUUGGGUGUGGGGGGGAUUUGAUAGUUUUAUUUUGCCCUAGGCAACACAAGAUACGCCUCAGAAUAAAGAAACGAAUUUGAUAAAUAAUUAACACUCUUAAGUACAUGCAUAUCGUAGGUAAGAAAUAGGAUGUGUACAUUUUGACAUGGAUGACAAUGAUAUUACAGUUGUGAAAAAGAAAUGUUACAAUCUCUUUUUACAGAUAAGCAUAUGUUUACCAAUUAAGAAAAUCAAUGGCCUUAACAAAACGUGGGUACAUUUACAUAAGUACACCAAUUAAUUUCAAAACUCAAUAAAUUUACUCACGUGAAAAUUUAAUUUUGAAAAAUGGAGAUGGGUUAAUAUUUUCUUUCAAAAAUUGAAAAUAAAUAAUUUUUUUCUUUUUACUUUGCGAAAAGUAAAGUGAGUGUAUAUUGUCAUUAGAUGUUACAGAUGUGAAAAAUGGUUAAGAGAUUUUUCUUUAGAUAAAAGAAUUCUUUGUUUUACGAUUUUCUGAUAACAUAGUAGAAAACAGGCAAAAGUUUUGUUAAAUUUUUAAUGAAAAUGAAGUUUUUAGUAUAUCGAAUUCUGUUAAAAUAUAAAAAAAUUAAAUGGUACAUAAAGUUUUUGUUGUAAAUUUAAGAAUAGGUUUUCACAAUUUUUAGAGGAAAGAAAAUUUAGUUUAGGGGCAUGAAAAGUGGUAGGUUAGGCCCCAUUUAACAAUUUCAAAAAAAAUUUCAUCUAAAGUAUCUAGCAUAGAAAUCAUCCAUCAAUGAACUCCUUUAGUGACAAUAGUGAUUCAUUUAGUGAUCAGUUAGAUUUGGUAAUUUAAGAUCAUGUUUAGAGAGAAAAAAUUGUGGCCCAGGGGUGCGAAAAGGGGUAGGCUAGGAAUAUUAAUAUGUAACAGAAAAAUUCCUCUUAAAACUUUUAAUAAAGUUGGUAAGUAAAUAUCAUGACAUAGAUACUUCUUUUAAAAAUAAGGAAUUUGAUGACUUUUCGCAUUAGCAGGUAACAUCAGGUGAUUAAAUAAAAGAGCUAAGGUAUCCAUGUAAUGCUAAAAAAAUGAAUCAUUUUAAAUCCACCCAGAUUCUUAAUAACAAUUAUCAGGAUUUUCUAUUAUUAUCUUAGGGAAAUUGAGAAUCAAUUUAAAUAUGAUGAAAAUAAAGUUGUAUGUGUUUUAUUUAAGUAUGUGUAAUUUAUUAUAAUGUAAGUUUUAUUAGAUUAUAAAGUACCAAUACAUUUAAUAUAAAAAUUAAAGAAUUCUUCUUUUUAUUAGGAUUCAGUGAUCUUCUUUGUAUUACUGUUACUAAUUAAUCAACACAUUUUUAGGAAAAAUUGAAAAUCUGUUGGUUUUUACUGCGUAGUUAAUAUUGCGAAUUUAAAUUUAUGCUAACUGCCCAAAUGUCUUUUUAAACAAUAUCAAAUUAAUAUUUUCCUUUGCAUUCAGUGAAUAAAAAAUUAGAAGACCUUUUAAGAGCUUAUUUUAUAUUUAAACCACCAAAUCACAAUUUUAAUUUUCCUUGAUUGUAAUUGUGUGUGACAAAACUGAGGUUUCUUUUUUACCCUUUAAAAAAAGUAUUUAUAACUGAUUGCUUUUUAAAUUAAUACAGCUUAAUCUUAAACAUUUAAUAAGUUUUACUUAUUUUUCAUUUAAAAAAAUUGCAUUUAUCAAAUAUAUAAAAUAUUUUUAUUAAGAAAAUGCAUUUCAAGCCACUAAGUGCAAUGAAAUGUCAUUGCCAAAUACCACUAACUCACUCACUUAUCAUUCAUCUAAAUAACAACAAACCAUAGGAAGUUGCAAUUGAUUCAUUUUGAUAUCAAUAUCCAAAACCCUUUUUGUUACAGAUUUGAAUCUUGUUAUUGAUUUUAAUGUUAAUACUUAAAACUAUAAUCAUAAAAUAUACGGAAUUAUGUGUGGAAAUAUUUUUUUUAGAAAAUGUAAAACAAUGCAUGGUAAAAGGGGGUGAGACAUUAGAAUAUUAAUAUAGCUAAAUGACAUGCAAAAAAAAUGUGCGGUUGGACAAAUAAUAACCUUCUCGGAUAAACACAUGUCAGGGGGAGAGAAAAGGGUGAGUACAUUUUUUAUAUGCUUGACAAUAUAUUUUUAAUCUGAUGAUUAUUACAGUGGUGAAAAUGAAAUUUAUGAUUUUCUUUUAAAAUGAGUAAAUAUAUGUAAUUAAGAAAAUACAGUUCAAGGGUGUUGACAAGUUGUGGGUAUAUUUAUAUAAAUAUACCUUUACACACAUUAAAAUUUAAUCUUAAAAAUAGAGCCACCUUUUUUUUUUCAUUUAUUGUUCAGGAGUUAAGACGGGUUAAGAUUUUCUUUCAAAAUAAGAAACUAUAUUUGUGUUUCCACUUUGUGCAAAGUAAAGUUCAUGGAAGAGUGGGUGUAAAUAUUUAUGAGAUUAGUAUUUCUAAAAAAAAAACACAAGAUGGUAAAGACUUGAAAAUUGGUUUGGAGACUCUUAUUUAGAUAAACGAAUUCAGUGUUUUCUGAUUUUUAAUGAAAAUACCAAAAUAUAAAAUUCGGUUAUCUUAAAGAUAUUUAAAAUGGUAUACAGAUUUUUUUUGUUGUAAAUUUAAAGACAUUUUUACAAUUUUUAGAAAAAAAUGUGUUGUUUUUUUUUGUUUGUAGUUCAGGGGCAUGACAAUGGGUAGGCCAGGCCUAUAUUAUAUAGCACAUAAAUAUUUCUCAAAACUUAACGAUGGUUAGAAACAUCAAUACAUAGAUAAUUCUUUUUAAAGUGAGGAAAGUCUGAUUAAAUAUUUCCCAAAUACACACUUCAUGUUCUUAGAAUAUUGAUGCACUUUGUUGUUACUUUUUUUUUUUAUGAUACAAAACCAGAUUUAGUCAUUAGCGUAAAAAAUUUGAAUGUUAGAUGUUGAGACUUUGCAAUAGCAGGUAGAAAAAAUGUGUACCCUUAUUACCAGGGUAACAUGUCAUAUCAUCACAUUUUACUAAUGUCAAAAAUAGAUACAAAAUUUAACCUAUAUAACUAUUAAUUAGCUCAUUUUUCAUAUAAUUUUGCAAAUCCAUGCAAUUCUCCACAAUAUCACCCAUGGGAAUAUGAAGGGUUGCUAAUGCUUCGGUACAAUUUUUUAUUUAAUUUAAUAAGAUUCUAUUACCCUUAAAUUUUACAAGUCUUUUAGAAUGUAUAUUUGAAUUAAUUUUCAAACAAAAAAACCAUCAAUUCACAUCUGUAUCUGGUGCAGAAGAAUGGAUUGUUAAAAUGCAAAAUUUAAAUUAAUUCAAAUUUAUAUAUCAGAGGCUCAGGUAGGAUUGCAUUUGAUCACAAAGUGCUUCAAUAUUUUAAGUUAUGGCUGCACCUGUCAGAUAAUAAAUGAAGGACCGCGUUCAAGCUGUGUUAAUGAAAUAGUAGAAUAAGGUAUGUGGAAGCUUGAAUCAAAAGACAGGACAAUAAGAUGUGAACGUUUCGGCUUAGAGCCUUCUUCAGCAAACAGGACAAAUGUAAAUACGACAAGAAACAGAGCAUAGUAAAAAAAACUUUAGAGAUCUUUUUUGUUGCUGGAAGCAGUAGAUCAUUGUUAGUAUUUAGUCUAUAGCUGUAUAUAAUAAUACAGCAACUUACAAUGGUGUUAUCGCAAAACAUUUAAGAAAAUACAUAACUUAACUUUCAAGGUAUUCAUUGGAUAUGUCAAAGUUAAAUUUUAUAAUGUUUUCCCUAUUAAUUGUGUUUUUUAGUAUUUUUAAAUCUCUGCAGUUUAUUAAAAACACUUUUUUGUCAUUAAAAGAUUUCAAAAAGUGUAUUUUCCUUCCAUAGUAAUUUUUCUAAAUGAGGGGAAAGUAAUCCCUAAUACAUGUCCACAAAUAAAUAUAUAUGUAUGUAUGGAGGAAUUAAACUAGCUCAAAUAGCUACUGUUUUGAAUUAUUUCAAGAAUACAAAAGUUACCACAGUAGGGUUUAGAUUUGAUUGUAAAGGGAACCCCAAUAAAAUAAUCUCUUAAGACCAAGGGGGAAAACCAUAUUAGAUUAUGAAUAUUGAGUCAUAGUUAACCCCCACCGCCUCCCUUUUUUCCCCCUCUCUCGGGGGGGGGGGGGUUAAGCGUCCUUGUCCAAUAGCCCAAUGUAUUUGUGAUUUAUAGAAAUGCACUAAUGUCACUGAGUUCAUCAGUUAACAUGAUAAAUCAUCACUACUCCUUCUUUGUCUAACUUCUGUUAAUGCAAGUGCGGUCACCUUCAUGGUAAUACAAACCCGAAUGACAAAAUAAAUGAUUGUAUAGUCUAUCUCUGCCCCUAUCUAUCUGCACCACAGGAAAUUUAAAUUGCAAUGUGCCUGUCAAAGUCUGUCAUGCUUGGUUGAUUCAGUUAUGAAAUGUCCUAGUUUGAAGUUACAUAGACUGAAUAGGGUUUUUUUAGUGCAAGAAGGAAAGAAAACAAAAUAUUUUUUUAAAUACUAAAUUUCCCCUUCCUCCAAUCCUUCAUAAUAAAGGAUUUUGUAUCACCAACUUUUUUGUUCAAUGCAAAUUAUUGUUAGCACAUUACAAGGAUAUAUUUACCACACAAGACUUGAAUUUUACUUUAAUACUUGAAAACAACUUCUACAGACUUUUAAUUAACAUUGAAAUUAAGUGCCAAGUAAAGGAAACCAAAAAAAAAAAAACACCCCUAUAGUAAAAGAAAUAAUAAAAGAAUAAAUUUGUCUCCUAUAAAAACACAUUAAAAAUAACUUUUGUAAACCUUUCGUUCCCCGAUGGGAUCCCAUUUCCAAGUUGGAUUCCAUUUACCAAUGGGAUCCAGUUCCUAUUGGAAUCCCGAUCCCAUUGGGAUCCUGACCCAAGUGGUAUACUGAUCCCAAAUGGGAUUCCAAUCCCAUUGGGAUGCUGCUCCCAAUGGGAUCCUGCUUCCAAAAUGGAUCCCAUAUCCCCCAAUAUGGAUCCCAAAAUGAUUGGAAUCUCAUUUCCAAAUGGGAUCCCAUCCCCAUUGUGAUCCUGAUUGGGAUCUCGUUUCCAAAUGGGAUCCCAUAUUGGGAUCCCAUAUCCCAAUGGAAUCUCGACCCUAGUGGGAUCCCGACCUAAUUGAGACCCCGAUGGGAUCCCAUUUCCAAGUAGGAUACCAUUUUACAUUUUUUUCCUUUUUUGAGUUUGGAUCCCGUUUGCCGAUAGGAGACCUAUUUGAUUCCGUCAAUCGAUGGGAUCGCGUUAUCGUUGGGUUCCAGUUUACUCAUUCACUUUAAGGAUCCUCUUCCUCGUUGGGUUUAUGUUCCCAUUGGGAUUUUGUUCCCUGGUAGGAUUAUGAAGGGUCUGUUAAAAGAAAAUAUUCAUGAAAGUAUAGAACUAAACUAACAUUUCAAUAAGCUUUUAGAUUCCAUUAUAUAUCCCAAUAGAACAGGGGUCUCCAAACAACGGCCCGCGGAUCCUUCAGCCCACCGACGAUACUUGUAUUUGCAUGAUAAAACGCAUGUUUAUCCACAGAGAAGGAAAACUUGUUGGAUUUUACCGCUGUUAACCUGGUGCUGAGUUUCUGAAAGUUAAGAACUUUGCCGCUGGUAUGCCAUCAGUGUUUGGAACAACUUGUGUCUGCGAGCAAACAUUUUUAAAAAUGAAUUAUGUGAAGUCAACACAUCAAACGAGAGUGACUGAUAAACAUUUGAAAACAAUUCUCUUGAUUGGAUGCACAAUUGGAAACUAAACAUUGAUGAAAUCUUGAAAGCCAAACGCCAGUUUCAUAAAUCUCACGAACCUUUUUUUGCUGCUUAUUUUGUGAUAUUCAAAUAUGUGCGCAUCAGGUCUGAUGUAACUAUCUUUUUCUCACGUCGCCUUAUUUGAUCACUUUUUUAGAAAAUAAAUAUGUUGGUUGUCCUUGUUUUUUGUAUGUUGCACGCCACUCAUUCAUGAUUAACUUGGAACACUAAACUUAGUUUUUCGCCCUUUUUUUCCCAGAGCUUUCUUUUUGGCUUGCAAGUAUUGUACAGAAUGAUUAUCCGGCCCACAUUCGUCAUUUUUUUGGUUAACCCGGCCAGCCACGAAAAAAGUUUGGAGACCCCAGCAGUAAAACAAUAUAGAACUUUCUAGAACAUUCUAGAUUAAAAUUAAUAUCGUCCUCGAAAGGUGUAAAAAAGACUUUUCUAAGUAAUUAUUUUCGAAUAAGACAAAUUCUACAACUAAAUGCAUUACUAUAAUUACAUUUAGGUUGAAAGAGGGGCCCCAGUGGAGUCCAUUCCAUUAUUGUACUGGAUUAGUUGGCCUGAGAUGGGGGGCCUAUAACACUCAGUCAAAUAAAUAAUGUUACUCACUGGCUUCUAUUGUGAGAAAUUAAUCUCUUGUUUUAAGUUAUGGCUCGUUCACACAGUGCACAACAAAGGACGAUACGAUAGAGAAAUACAAUAAUAAAGUUACGACACGCAAAAACAGUUGCCAAUUACAAUUAGUAAUAUUUAAUUUAGUAAUAAUACAAUUACAAAACAAAAGAAAUAUAAUUACAAAUCAUCAACUUACACGGUAUGUGAAAAUCUUGUACCGGUACACAAUUGUUAGUACAAUGUGCCAAUCAAUGAUGAUGAAUGAUCAAUGCGACUAAACACUUAUGAGCACACAAAGAAUAAUACAAUUGUCUCGUAAAGUUAAUAAUAUCUAUCUGAAUCUCUCUCUCUCGGUGUCUGUCAAUCCCUUUAUGAUCGUAGCGUGUGCUAGGAAUCUAAUUUGCGUCAAGCAAAGUUCACGCACGGGGGAAAAGUGUAAUAAAUAACAAUAAUAAAGUUAAAAUUUAAAGUUGCCCAAUUAAAAUUGUUUUAAAAUUGCCAUAGAUAUAGCUUUUUAAAUUAUGGAAUUUUCUGGAAAAGUCUAGAUUAGAUAUUCUUAGUUCUAAAUCCACCGAUAUUUCAAUACAGACUAUGAAGGGUAAUGAACAAAGCUAGGCCAAGAUCCAUCAAUUUACAUAGAAUCUAUAGUGUUGUCUAAGCAUAUUGAUAUUUAUAUAGCUUACAUUAGGAAAAAUAAAAUGAGGCCCCCGGCCCCAGAGAAAUGGAUAUUAUGAGUUCAGUAUCCUUCGGUAUUUGAAUAUGGAUAAAAAAAUGUGUAUGUCUUCUAAGUUUGGUCAAGAUCCAUCCAUUCGUGUAGGAGCAUUUGUUGUUAAUUUUUUUUAUAUAGCAAAAAACUACAUUUUUGGCCCCUGGCCCCAAACGGAAUGUUAGAAAAAGUUUAUAUCCCCCUUAAGAGUUUUCUCCGGAUAAUGAUGGAUAUAUUUGCAAAGUUUGGUCAAGAUCCAUCAAUCCAUGUAAAAGUCUUUGUGGGACAAACAAAUUCACAAACAAAUCUUCACUUUAAUAUAUAUAUAUAUAUAUACUAGCCAAUGUACCCGGCGUUGCGCGGGAUUGCCUUAGGACCCAGAUCUUGGUAAGACCCCAAUCCCAAUGGGAACCCAAUCCCAUUCUCACCACGAUCCCGGCGCAAUCCCUGGGUGAUCCCGUUCGCGGUGGGAUUCCGUUUUCUUGUGGCUCUGGAUCCAGGGGGAAUCCAGAUCCCGGUGGGAUCCCAAUCCCGGUGGAUACUGAUGGGGCCUCAUUUAAUAAAGUACCCUUUUAGUUAUGUAUGAGAUCGGGAGGGGGGGGGGGUGUCUAUAAAAAUUAUUCAGAUAACUUAUAGAAUUAAAAUUUGUCCCAUUAAAAUCGGUUUAAAAAUGCCAUAGAUAUCGCUUUUUAAAUUAUCAAAUGUUCUAGAAAAUUCUAGUUCGGCUCUGCAUGGAUUGGAUAUUCUUAGCUUUAAAUCCACCAAUAUUUCAUAUAUGAAAGAGGAAGUGUAUUGAUACCAAGCUUAGUCUAUAUCCAUCAAUUCACAUAGAAUCUCCACUGUUCUCUUAGUCUAUUGAUAAGAAGAAUGGAUAUUAUAAGUUCAGUAUCAUUCGGUAUUUGAAUAUGGAUAAUAAUAAUAAUAAUAAAGUUUAUUUGAAAGACACGCUUCAUCCCCAAAAGCUCGAAGGGGGGUACAAAGUCAACCAUAUUAAAAAAUGAAAUAAAAACAAUCUUAAAUUUACCACAUUUAAAAAUUAGAUGCAACUAUAUAAAACUACAUACGGGCAUACCAAGUCAAAGUCUUUCAUCCCGUUUCAACCAUAAGCAACACAGGCCAAUAUACAUUAACUGAAAAAGAUGGUAGAUAGUAGAUAGCAUCACCCCAGAAGGUGUUUGCGAAAUAGAUGUGUUUUUAAAUCGGUUUUAGAGGACUCCAGUGUCUGGCUGUUUCUGAGAGCGACUGGAAGGGUGUUCCAAAUUGUUGGGCCGGCAAAUGCAAAAGUGCGCUUUCCGUAAGUCUCAAGGCGAACACACAGUAUUGAUAUUAUGUCACUAUCGGAUAAGAGGAGCUCUCUAGUGGGUACAUAAGGCGUCAUAAGUACUUUGAGAUAAGAUGGCGCCAGGUCAUGUAAGCAGCAAUAGCACAAAGUUGCAAUUUUGUACUCUAUGCUAGCGUGGACCGGCAGCCAGUGAAACUCUCUCAGAAGUGUUUUAGCAUGCUCGAGUAUAUGUGUACCAAGUUUGGUCAAGAUCCAUUAAUUGAUGUAGGAGUGCUAAGUUUAUUGAUAUUUAUAUAGCUUAUUUAAGGAAAAAUGAAAUGGGGCCCCAGAGGAAUGGAUAUUAUGAGUUCAAUACCCUUUGAUAUGUUAAUAUGGAUAAUAAAGUGUAUGUGUACUAAGUUUGGUAAAGAUCCAUCCAUUCAUGUAGGAGUAUUUUUUAGUAAUUUUAUUAUAUAGCUCAUAUAAGAAAAAAACUACAUUUUGGGCCCCCAGCCCCAAACGGAAUGUUAUGAAAAGUUCCGGAUGAUGAUGGAUAUAUGUGCCAAGUUUGGUCAAGAUCCAUGUAAAAGCCUUUGUGGAACAAACCCACAAACAAACUUUCACUUUUAUAUAUAUGAUAUGAUAAGAUAUGAUGAUAUGAUAUGAUAUAUAUACAUAAAUGUAUUCAGCUAAUUUUUUUUUUUUAUAUUAAUAACAUUCUAUUACGUAAAACUACUGAAAUAUAUUCAGAGACAGCACCAAAAAGGGUUAAAAGUGGUCCCUGCCCCUAGUUUGAUUAAUAAGUUGGUUCCAUCUUAAUUUUAGUCAAGUGGUGUUUAAGGUGAAGUCAUUUGUAAACCAUAUUCCAAAGAAAAUUUUUAAGCGACCAUAUUUUUUUACUAAGCUUAAACUAGCUUUUAAAUAUAUAUUUUUUUACAAUGGGGAAAACAUAUCAUUUUAGCCUAGUACAUGGAAGUAAAAAGAAUAGCUUUCUUUAACUAGAAUUCAAAAUAAAUACAGGAUAAUACUAUUAUGGUCUCACAUUUGAACUUUCAUAAAUUAAAAACAAAAUUGUUAAAAUGGCCAUCUUUGUUCUCUUACAGCCUCAAAACAUAUUGUUGACUAAACCAUUUCCCGAAGGAGAAAUAAAAAUUUGUGACUUGGGCUUUGCAUGUUUAACAAAUACAGGAGAAGAUAUUCGAGAUAUAAUUGGAACACCAGAUUAUGUUGGUGAGUCAUGUUCCCUCUAAGCAACUGGCGUUCAAAUUGUUGGCAGUGUUAAAAAAAUCAGUGCCCAAAAUAAAUUUUAUGUUGAUAAUAAAAAAAAAAUACUAUGCUGUUAAUUUCAAUUUUCAUUAUCAUUGAUUGAAAGUCAGUUUGAAGAUGUAAUAGUUACAUAAUUUGCAUUAGAUCUACAUCAUCUUUUCAAUCUAAACAAAUUAUAUUUAAAAUUGAUUCUCAAAAAGCAAAAAUUGGUGCUCAAUUACCCCAAAACAUUUAGAGAGUACAUUAGUCAUUUCAUUUUCAUUACAUAUCUUCAAAGUAUAUUUGCAUGAUUCAUUAAACCCAUAAUUUUAUAAUGGGUGAUUUUAUUGUUAACUGGAGCAUCUUAUUUCUUUUUUCAGCCCCUGAAGUUUUAGACUAUGAGCCUUUGAAUAUUCAAACAGAUAUGUGGUCAGUAUCUUCUUUAGUGUGCUUUUUAUUGCUUCAUUUUCUCUGCUAAUUAUAAAUGUUAUUAUAAAUUAAAAGUUUAAUGUAAAAGAUACCUUAUGACAAACAUGGAAAAAAUAAUUCCAGCAAAAUCAGUUUUAGAAUUCAUUUCACAGUAACUUAUUGCAUAUCAUUUUAUAACGGGUAAUUUUGAAUAGAAUUUUAAUAAGGGCUAUUACCUAAAGCAUUUCUUAUAAUUUCUUACUUUUUUGUUACUAUAGGUUCAGAGACGUAUUUUUAACAAAAUGAAGGCUAUUCAGAGUAUAAUUUUUCCUCUCUUUCUAUUUUUAUUUUCUUAAUGUGCUCAAAAUUUGUAUAUUCUGUAGAUCUUUUUGAUGAAAUUUUUACAUUAAUUUCUUGACAUUUUCAUAACUUUUUGAUGUGUGUUGGACAUUUUAAAUUAUUAAACUUAAUGCUAUCAUUAAAAAGACAUUACUGUAGAACGCUAAAAAAAUUAACAAAGAAAAACUACUAUAGAUACUCAUUCUAUAGCCUGUUGGUUCAUGAGCCAACCCCCCCCCCCCCCCCCCCCCCUAGUUUUGAAGUGAAAAAGCCUAAAAAGUGAUAAUAUGCCGGUGUAAGCAAUACAGUACAAAAUAAUAUCUAGUGGUAAAAUGGCUGAAGUGUGUGAAUUGAAACUUGUUGUUGACAUCAAAUAUUGUAAAAUAUGACAAUAAAACUAAAUAUGAUGAGUAUAUAUAGAGUAGAUAAUAAAUUACAGGACAUAAGUUAGGAUUUAACCUCCUAUAAUUAAACAUCUUUCUUAUAAUUAAAAAAAAUUUAAUCGAUCAAUGCAGGAGCUUGGGAGUGCUCACAUAUGUAAUGUUGACUGCCUGCUCUCCUUUUGCUGGUGAAUCACAGCAGGAGACAUUCUGUAAUAUAACCCAAGUCAAGCUGGAUUUUCCUGAUGAUUUGUUUGCUGAUAUAAACUCUCUGGCAAAAGAUUUCAUUGAAAAACUCUUGGUUAAAAAACCACGGUAAAUGAAUGUUCCAAUUUAUUUUAAUGGGGGGGGGGGGGGAUAUGUUAAUAUGUUUGUAUUAUUUAUUAUAAUUGUGUACUCUAUUGUUUUUUGAGUUGAAUUUAAAUUGUUAAUAGUAAUUUAAUGGCAUAGACUUUGUUAAGCUUAGUUCAAACUUAUUGAAUAUUCCAACUUCAUUUAUUUGUCUCAUUUGAAUGUGUUUCCAUUUCAGUGAUCGUUUAACUGCAAGGCAGUGCCUUGACCACCCCUGGUUGAAGGACUUGAAGACUACAAUGUCUAUAAAUGUGCCUAGUCCAGAUCAUUCAAAAGAGCUGGCCAAUGAAAUGGUAGUGCCCAGUAACUGGCACAUGUCACCUGAUCGUAGAUCUAGUAUAUGUUCUAUGGAUACUAUUCCAUUGGGGAAAGCACUUUUAGAACUAGAUGCUCAGCCCUCUUCUAAAUCUCCUGGUGCUGAAUUAACUGAAAUCAGACUUAGUGAAGAAAAAGAAUCUAUAAGUAAAACAUUAUCUUAUAUAGACAUAGACAAACAGACUGACAGAAGCAGUUCAACAUCCUUUGAAACUUGUCCAGAAAGUAUAGAUGAAAAUUCAACUUUGACUUCUUCUGAGGUUAUCUACAUUGAAAAGCUUGAACUCCAAGCUUUUGAUGCUGCAUUAGCAUCCUCCUCAAGUUCUGAAGACACUAUUUCAGCUUUUGCCACCAAAAUUUCUGAGCAGGCCAUCCAUGAUGAAUCAAAAGCUCAGUGUUUAGAAGAAGAUUUGCAGACAUAUCAGAUAUCAGCUUCAACAAGGUCUAUAGCAGAGAACGGAGAUUUAUAUAACACAGAUCUGUGUUCAUUAAAAUAUAAUGACAUGAAAGAAAAAAGUUUAGAACAAUUACAUUCAGUGUCCUCCAUGAUGUCUUGCAAUUUGUCUGAUACUGCUUCAAUAUCACAAGACAGCAAUAAAGAAGAAAACUUUAAGAAAAGAAUGUCAAUGGAGAUCCCAAUAAAGAAGGCCAAGUGUAUUCAAGAUGGCGAGGAGAAUCCUGAUGCCAAGUCUGAAAAUUUGCUUUCAAUACCCCGUAUUAGCCCAGGUGCACAUGUUGAGCCUGAAGUUCAAUGCCAAGACCAACCAGGGCAGUCAUACAAUGGCAUUGAAGAUUUUAGAAAUGCAGUUUGAUAAAAUAUCACUAACCUUGUUAAUUUGGCUGUGUUUUACUUUUACUAAAUAGCAUCAGGGUUUGAUCCUUUACUAAAAAAACAAAACAAAAAAAAACCUUAGAUUUGUAAAAUUUACAUUGCUUAUACAUGUUUUAUUAAUAUCUUUUUUAUAUUAACACUUUCAGUUUGUGAAAAAUCAUAGCUAAUUAAACUUAUCAGCUUGACAAGGUAAAGUUACUGGUAACGUACAACGUAAAAAUACUAUAAAGUUUCUUUUGAAAUGUAUUGAAAAACUUUGCAAUUAUUUACAUAGAAAAUCUUUAAUGAUUUACCUAGACAUGAUUUCUCAUAGUUAGUUAUAAAGGCCUAGGGCUAAUCCCCCUUAAAAAUUGUUUGAAAUCUAUUAAGACACUCAACCAUUAGUAAUGCAGCUUUCAAUCCUUAAAGUUUCUAUUUUAUUAUCAAUAUAUCAACAAAAUUAUUGCCAUCCUCAAAUGUAAUAUUCUUUUAAUCAUCUUCCAAUGGUGAGGUCUCUAACCAGCUUGUAUUGUAAUACAAAUUUGUCUUAUUCAUUCCAUGCUUUUGUUUGAUACUUAAGUUAAAUAGAAUAGGGAACUUCUGCAGGGUAAUUACCAUAACUAUUCAAUUUUUCUAUUACUGGGUUCUUCAUUCCAUUAAUGUUGGUACUAUUAGGUUUAUUCUGAAUAAGCCAUUUUACACAACUUUUUCUUGACCAAAUUUUCUCAGCAUUAUUGUGUUUCAUUCACUUUGCAAGGUAUUAAUUGCUUAUAAAUGAAUGUGUUCCCACUUAUUUGAAAUGUGUGCUUGAUCACCUUGAUAAACCUGCAUGCUAAAAUUAAACUAAUGUUAAAAUCUGGGCAGUAUUCUUUUCAUUUAAAAAUGAUCAUAAAAAUUUUAACAGUAUUAAAUAUCAACAACCUGAAGACAGUUAAGCAUAAUUUAAAGCAUAAAUCUAUAUAUU